UACACGUUCAGAGUGUAGUUUUGUUUUUUUGGAGUUACUUUGAGGCUCAACUGUUCUCACAUUGGAUUUCUGUCAACAUUUCAGGAUAAGGAAUUGUUACUGAAGACAUCAAACUUCUGGGCUUAGUCCCAUCAAUCUUAGGCACCCUUGUGGAUACAAGGUGCCUACCAAAAUGUCUACACAGGCGCCAACAUUUACACAGCCGUUACAAAGCGUUGUGGCACUUGAGGGUAGUGCUGCAACGUUUGAGGCUCAAGUUAGUGGUUCUCCAGUUCCUGAGGUGAGCUGGUUCCGUGAUGGCCAGGUUCUUACUGCUGCGGCUCUGCCCGGCGUUCAGAUCUCGUUCAGCGAUGGCCGCGCUGUUCUGACGAUCCCUGCUGUGACAGCCGCACACAGUGGAAGAUUUUCUGUGAGAGCUACCAAUGGAGCUGGACAAGCCACUAGCACCGCUGAACUCCUUGUUACAGCGGAGACUGCGCCACCCAACUUUAUUCAGAGACUUCAGAGUAUGACCGUGAGACAAGGAAGCCAAGUGAGAUUGGAUGUUCGUGUGACCGGAAUCCCUACACCUGUGAUUAAGUUCUACAGAGAAGGAGCUGAGAUACAAAGCUCCGCUGACUUUCAGAUUGUUCAAGAAGGAGACCGUUACAGUUUAUUGAUUGCUGAAGCUUUCCCAGAGGAUUCUGGAACCUACUCCGUAAAUGCUUCAAACAGCAGUGGGCGGGCUACCUCCACUGCUGAACUACUAGUCCAGGGUGAAGAAGCCGUACCUGCCAAGAAGACAAAAACAGUUGUGUCAUCCACCCAGGUCUCUCAGACUCGCCAGACCAGGGUUGAGAAGAAAACGGAGGCUCGUUUUGCGUCCUCCUCCAUGAUGUCGAUGCAGGUCGAGGGGGGUGUUAUGACCCAGCAGUUGGCACACAAGACCCCCCCUCGUGUGCCACCAAAGCCAACUUCAAAGUCCCCACCUCAAUCAUCCCAGGUGGCCAAGGUCGCAGGAGGUCGUCACCAGUCUCCAUCACCUGUCAGACAUGUGAAGGGACCCACUCCCACCCCUGUCAGGCCCGUAUCCCCAUCCUCCAGACUGUCUGUCUCCCCCAUCAGACCUGUGAAGUCACCAUUGACCACACGUAAGCAGAUGGCCCUGGGAGCAGAUGUCCCGCCCCCCUGGAAGCAGGGAGGCUUCGAGUCCAGCUACACCAUGACUGCUGGAGCCACCCGCGUCCAGACCUCUGCCUCCUCUGUUCACAUGGAGCAGCACUGGGAGGGCUCAUAUGGAGUUCAGCAGCAGGUGUCUGGCCAAGUUAGAGAGGCUGUUGAGGCCACCAUGAUCACGUCACCUGCUCGGGAGCCAGUUGUACCACCUACUCUUGUUGCUGCUUUGAAGAAUUUGACUGUGACAGAGGGUGAAUCUGUGACUCUGGAGUGCCAGAUCAGUGGUCACCCUGCCCCUGUCAUCAUGUGGUUUAGAGAGGACUACAGAAUCGAGAGUUCCAUUGACUUCCAGAUAACCUAUGAGGGUGGAUUUGCUCGUCUGGUAAUCCGUGAGGCCUUUGCUGAGGACAGCGGUCGCUUUACCUGCACUGCCACCAGCGAGGCUGGAACAAUCAGCACAUCCAGCUACCUACUUGUUAAAGUGUCAGAAGAAAUUGAGAGCAGAGAAGAGACAACAGUCACUGAAUUUGGAACUACACAAGAGAAACACUUUACGGUUGAAGCAAAGGAGGAGACCAUGUCGGAGGUGAGUGGCGUUGCAGAGUCUGUGGAAACUGCAGCUGCUGUUGCUCCCUUCUUCAUCAAGAAACCUACUGUACAAAAGUUGGAGGAAGGAGGAUGUGUUGUCUUUGAGUGCCAGAUUGGAGGUAGUCCAAAGCCCCACAUUUUCUGGAAGAAGAGUGGGGUACCUCUUACAACUGGAUACAGAUAUAAAGUUGCCUACAAAAAGGAGACUGGAGAGUGCAGGUUGGAGAUCUCUAUGACAUUUGCUGAUGAUGCGGGAGAGUACGCCAUCUUUGUCAAGAACCAGCUUGGAGAAGCCUCAGCCUCAGCCAGUCUGCUUGAGGAAGAGGAAUAUGAAGCCUACAUGAAGACACAGGAAGUGACAUACAAGACUGAAGUGACUACAAUGGUACAGGAGCCCAAAGUGGGAGAUGUGCCCCCCGUUGUUGUGAGCGAAUAUGGGAUGGAGCAGAGGGGCAUGCAGACCCAGAUGAUGCAAACAUAUGUCUCCGAGCAGGAAUUACAAAUAUCUUCCUUUGAGGAGAGGAUAAUCCAUGAGAUUGAAAUCCGUAUCCUGAAGAUUACAUACCAGGAAAUUUUGAUUGAGGAUGGCGAGCAGAUGGUUAUGAAUGUGUCAGAACAGCAGGCUGUACAGUCAUCCUUUGACACUCCAGUCAAAAGCUACAGGAUUAUGGAAGGAAUGGGAGUCACUUUCCACUGCAAAAUGGCAGGAAAGCCAUUGCCCAAGAUUGCAUGGUACAAAGAUGGAAAGCGUAUCCGUCAUGGCGGCCGUUACCAGAUGGAGGUUCUCCAGGAUGGCCGAGCCAGUCUACGUCUCCCUGUGGUGCUGCCUGAAGAUGAGGGUGUUUACACAGCAUUUGCCAGCAACAUGAAGGGCAAUUCUGUGAGCUCUGGGAAACUGUAUGUGGAGUCCUCUUCAGUAGGGGGACCUCAGAGAUAUACACCCCAGCCAGCAAUGCAGAGAAUUAGGUCCACAUCCCCACGGUCUUUGAGCCGCUCUCCUGGUCGCUCUCCUAGUCGCUCUCCUGCUCGCAGGCUUGAUGAAACAGAUGAGAGUCAGUUGGAAAGGCUGUACAAGCCUGUCUUUGUCCUGAAGCCUUCCUCAUUCAAGUGUGCUGAGGGGCAAACUGCAAGAUUUGACCUGAAAGUUGUUGGUAGACCAAUGCCUGACACAUAUUGGUUCCACAAUGGACAACAAGUGGUCAAUGACUACACCCACAAGAUAGUUGUUAAGGAGGAUGGAACUCAGUCGUUGAUUGUGGUUCCAGCAAUGCCCCAUGACUCUGGAGAAUGGACAGUUGUCGCACAGAACAGAGCUGGAAAGACCACUGUUUCCAUGACUCUUACUGUUGAAGCGAAAGAAAACUUGAUCCGACCCCAGUUUAUUGAGAAGCUGAAGAACAUCAGUGUAAGACAAGGCACUCUGGUUGAGUUGGCUGUCAAAGCCAUCGGAAACCCCCUGCCUGACAUUGUUUGGCUGAAAAAUAGUGACAUAAUUUCCCCACAGAAGCACCCACAUAUCAAGAUUGAAGGGUCAAAAGGAGAAGCCAAAUUCCAUAUCCCUUCAACAUCAGGCUCUGAUAGUGCCUGGUACACAGCCACAGCCAUCAACAAAGCUGGAAGAGAUACCACUCGCUGCAGGGUCAAUGUUGAGGUGGACUUUGCUGAACCCCAACCAGAGAGAAGGCUUAUUAUUCCCAAGGGAACCUACAAGGCCAAGGAUAUUGCUGCUCCAGAGUUGGAACCCUUGCAUCUCCGUUAUGGUCAAGAUCAGUGGGAGGAGGGUGACCUUUAUGACAAAGAGAAACAACAGAAGCCCCACUUUAAGAAGAAGCUGACUUCGGUCAGGCUCAAGCGUUUUGGUCCCGUCCAUUUUGAAUGCAGACUUACCCCUAUUGGAGACCCCACAAUGGUGGUUGAAUGGUUGCAUGAUGGCAAACCCCUGGCAGCUGCAAACAGGUUGCGCAUGGUCAAUGAAUUUGGCUACUGCAGUCUUGAUUAUGAAGUUGCUUAUGCCAGAGACAGUGGUGUCAUCACUUGUAGAGCAACUAACAAGUUUGGAGUUGACCAGACCUCAGCUACCCUGAUUGUCAAAGAUGAGAAGGGCCUUGAUGAGGAAAGUCAUCUACCUGAGGGUAGGAAGGGAGGACAAAGAAUCGAGGACAUGGAACGUAUGGCUCAUGAAGGAGGUCCUUCUGGAGUUAGUAUAGAUGAAGGAUCAGAGAAGACAAAGCCAGAGAUUGUUCUUCUUCCUGAGCCUGCCAGAGUUCUGGAAGGUGACAUCGCAAGAUUCCGCUGCAGAGUGACUGGUUAUCCAAUGCCAAAGGUUAACUGGUACCUUAAUGGUCAGCUCAUUCGCAAGAGCAAGAGAAUGAGACUACGCUAUGAUGGCAUUUACUACCUAGAGAUUGUAGAUAUCAAGUCAUACGAUUCAGGAGAAGUGAGAGUGGUAGCAGAGAACCCCAUUGGUACAGCUGAACACACCGUUAAGCUUGAGAUCACACAGAAAGAGGACUUCAGAUCUGUCCUUCGUCGUGUCCCAGAACAUAAAGCUCCAGAGGUCCCCAGCUCUGAACAAGGCAGAGUUUCCUUUGACGUUGUGAAGGUCGACAGACCCAGUGAUAGCACACAGUCCAAGGAGGUUGUAAAACUGAGGAAGACAGAGAGAGUGAUCCAUGAAAAAUCCACAGAGGAGACAGAUGAGUUGAAAUGCAAAUUCAAGCGCAGAACAGAGGAGGGUUACUAUGAGGCCAUCACUGCUGUGGAGCUCAAGUCUCGCAGGAAGGAUGAGUCUUACGAGGACAUGCUCAGGAAGAGGAAGGAGGAACUUCUUCAUCACAUGAAAGAGAAGUCUGAGGCUGAGAAAAAGAAGAAGGAGGAAGAGGGGAAACUCACCAUCCCCAUCAUUAAACCAGAGAGGAUUCAGCUCUCUCCCAGCAUGGAAGCUCCUAAGAUCUUGGAGCGCAUUGCAAGCCAGACAGUUUCCCUGAUGGAGGAGGUUCGUUUCAGAACCAGGGUGGUUGGUAAACCAGAACCCGAGUGCCAGUGGUUCAAGAAUGGUAUUUUGCUUGAGAAAACUGAUCGCAUCUACUGGUACUGGCCUGAGGAUCAUGUAUGUGAAUUGGUGAUACGCAAUGUGUCAGCUGACGAUUCUGCUAGCAUCAUGGUCAAAGCCGUCAACAUUGCAGGGGAAACUUCAAGCCACGCAUUCCUUUUGGUGCAAGGCAAGCAAGUUGUUAACUUUACUCAAGAAUUGGAAGAUGUUAGUGCCAAAGAGAAGGACACCAUGGUUACAUUUGAAUGUGAGACCAAUGAGCCUUUUGUCAAAGUCAAAUGGAUGAAAAACAACGUGGACAUUUUCUCUGGAGACAAAUACAGGAUGCACUCAGACAGAAAGGUUCACUUCCUGUCUGUGCUAAUCAUCGAAGUGAAGGAUGAUUCAGAAUACAGUUGUGCCGUUGUUGAGGACACCAGCAUCAGAACCACGGCCAGACUCUAUGUUGAAGGGGCCGCUUUGGACAUGGUGAAAACAUUGGAUAACAUUGAGGUACCAGAGACCUACUCUGGGGAGUUUGAAUGUGAGCUGUCAAGAGAAGAUGCUGAAGGUACCUGGUUCUUUGAGAAAAAGGAGAUCACUCCCAGCAGCAAAUAUGUUAUCUCCUCUCGUCGUGGAAGACAUUCACUAUCUGUGAAAGACGUGAAGAAAGAAGAUCAAGGCAAAUACACAUUUGUUGUUGGUGAAUUUAAGACAAGUGCUUCCCUGAAGAUGAAAUUGCGUCCUGUGACACUGAUGCAGCCACUUACUGACCUUACCAUCUGUGAGGGUGACAUUGCGCAGUUAGAAGUGAGGUUCUCUCAAGAAAACGUUGAGGGGACAUGGAUGAAGAAUGGUCAAGCCAUUUCUGCCUCAGAUCGCAUCCAUAUUGUAAUUGACAAGCUGGUCCACAAGCUUCUGGUUGAGAAUGUAAGCAGAGACGACACAGGAGUCUACUCAUUUGUUGUCCCUGCCCAGGAUAUCUCCACCUCAGGAAAACUGACUGUUCAAACCAUUGAUAUUUUGGUACCACUCAGUGAUGUCACAUCAGUUGAGGGAACCAAGGCUGUUAUGGAGGCUAAGAUCUCUGCUGCAGAUGUCAGCUCUGUGAAGUGGUACCAAAAUGACAAGCUCAUUAUGCCCAGUGAGAGGAUCCAGAUGGUUGCAAAGGGAACCAAACAGCGCCUGGUGUUUAACAGGUCUUUCGCUUCAGAUGAAGGAAACUACAAGCUGGUUGUGGGCAGAGCUGACACAAGCUGCAAAUUCACUGUCCAAAAAAUUCAAAUCGUGAAGCACAUGGAAGAUAGAGUGUGCACCGAGACUCAGAAUGUCACCUUUGAGGUUGAAGUUUCUCAUCCUGGCAUUGAUGCCGUCUGGACCUUCAAGAAGCAGCCCCUCAAAGCUGGUGCAAAAUACAAGAUGGAGGCAAAGGGCAAGCGGUAUGCCUUGACUGUCAUCAAUGUCAUGAAGGAUGAGGAGGGAGAAUACGCUUUUGCAGCUGGUGAAAAGACAUCCAGCGCAAAGCUUACCGUGUCAGGUGGGGCGAUUAACAGGCCACUUCAGGAUGUGACAGUAGCCGAGUCACAGACAGCUGAGCUGGAGUGUGAGGUGGCCAAUGCGAGCACCGAGGGCAAGUGGCUGAAGGAUGGACAGCCUGUGGACUUUGGCGACAAUAUCAGGAGUGAAACACUUGGUGCUGUCAGGCGUCUUGUUAUUGUCAUAACCAGACCCCAGGAUAUCGGUGAAUACACCUACCAGGUUGCCAAUUCAAAGACAACCGCCAACCUCAGAGUUGAAGCUGUGAAAAUCAAGAAAACCCUGAAGAACCAGACAGUCACUGAAACACAGGAGGCAGUGUUUAGUCUGGAGCUGACCCAUGAGAAUGUUAAAGGCUCACAGUGGAUCAAGAAUGGCGUUGAGCUCCGCACCAGUGAGAAAUAUGAGGUUACUGUUGAAGGCAUGGUCCACACCUUAAAAAUCAAGAACUGCACAACUCACGACGAGUCGGUUUAUGGAUUCAAACUUGGAAAGCUGUCUGCUAGUGCCAGAUUGAAUGUUGAAACCAUUAAGAUUGUGAAGAAGCCAAAGGAUGUUACUUCACUGCUGGAUGACACAGCCUCUUUUGAACUGAGCCUGUCCCACGAUAACAUUCCUGUGAAAUGGAUGUUCAACAACGUAGAGCUGAAAUCAAGUGAAAAGUGCAAGAUACUGUCUGAGAGGAAGGCUCACAAGCUGGUCAUCCAGAAUGUGAACACUCAAAACGCUGGAGAGUACACUGCAGUGUUUGGCCAUCUCCAGUGCAGCGCACAUCUCCAUGUUGAGGCUCUGCGUGUCACCAAACCACUGAAGAGUGUUGAAGUCCCAGAGACACACGUUGCCACUUUUGAGUGUGAAGUUUCACAUUUCAAUGUCCCAGCCACCUGGCUGAAAAACGGAGUUGAAAUUGAAAUGAGUGAUAAAUUCAGGAUUGUGGUCCAGGGAAAACUUCACCAGCUCAAGAUCAUGAAUACCAGCAGACAAGACUCUGCAGAGUACACCUUUGUAUGUGGAAAUGACAGGGUCUCUGCAACACUGACUGUUAGUGCUAUUUUGAUCACCUCCAUGCUGAAAGACCUCAAUGCCCAAGAGAGAGACACCAUCACCUUUGAAGUAAAUGUAAAUUAUGAGGACAUCACCUACAAGUGGCUCAAGAAUGGUAUUGAGAUUCCGUCAACAGACAAGUGCCAGACCCGUUCAAAACAGCUUACGCACUCCCUCACAAUCCGGAAUGUUCAUUUUGGUGAUACCGGAGAGUAUAAAUUUGUUGCUGGCUCUGCAGCUACAUCCGCAAACCUUUAUGUUGAAGCUCGUGUGAUUGAAUUCACCAAGCAUAUUAAAGAUAUCAAGAUAACAGAGAAGAAGAAGGCCAUCUUUGAAUGUGAAGUUUCUGAGCCCAACAUCCAAGUGAUGUGGAUGAAAGACGGACAGGAGCUGGAAGUAUCUGAGAGAUACAAAGUCUCCACUGAGAAGUUUCUGCACCGCUUGAUGAUCCAGACUGUCCGCCUGUCUGAUGCUGGGGAGUAUUCUGUGGUCGCUGGUGCAAGUGUGUCAAAAGCUCACCUGACUGUGGAGGGACGGGAUGUCAGGAUCUCAGAGCCAGCCGAGAAAGAAAUCACCGUUGUUGAGAAACAACGAACAACGUUUGAGUUUGAAGUCAAUGAGGAUGACGUAGAAGGCCGUUGGCUUAGGAACGGUGUUGAGAUCAAGUUUGAAGUUGAAGAGAGGUUCAGUUACGUUUCCAUCAGAAAGGUCCACCGCAUGACCAUCACUGAAACCUUCCGAACGGAUGCAGGGGAGUAUACCUUCAUCGCUGGGAAGAACAGGAGUGUUGUCACCCUCCAUGUAAACAUCCCUGAGCCACCAAAGAUCAUCCGCCACAUGCAACCCCUGUCUGUGGGGUCAGGCAAACCUGCUCGCUUUUCUGUAGAGGUGACUGGCAUCCCACAGCCUCAAGUUACUUGGUACAAGAACUCCCAGGCUCUCUCCGCUGGGUUCAAGUGCAAGUUCCUGCAUGAAGGAAACGAGCACACACUGUUACUGAUUGAGGUGUUCCCAGAAGAUGCAUCUGUCUACAACUGUGAAGUUAAGAAUGCUGCUGGCAUGGUCACAAGCUCAGCUGCACUUAACGUGGAAGUUUCAGAGGUGGUUUCCCCUGACACUGGAGCACCCAUGACCCCUCCUGUGGUGGUGUCACCUAUCAGCAAUGCCUCUACCAAGGAGGGAGAGUCCGCCAGGUUCCAAUGCCGUGUCUCUGGAGAAGAUGUGAAGAUCAGCUGGUUCUGUGGCGAGAAGGAGGUCAAACAGUCUGACUUCUUUAGGAUGUCUCAGUUUGGUGACACCUGCCAACUAGAGAUAGCCAAGGUUUAUCCAGAGGAUGAGGGGCAGUACAGUUGUGUUGCCAGAAACUCGGCAGGGAUGGUGUCUUGCUCCGCAACUUUGAAACUUGAUGUAUCAAGGGAAGCGAUUGAAGCCAAGAUUGAGGAAGAAGUCAAAGUGCCACCUGUUUUCAGGUACAAAAUCCUGCCCAUGGAUAUCAAUGUUGGCAACAGUGCCAAGUUUGAAUGUGAAACUGAAGAUGCACCCAACGUGACCUUCAAGUGGUUCAAGUCUGCCACUGAGAUCAAGCAGAGUGAGAAGUACAGGAUCCUUAGUCGGCAUCAUUCUUCUUCACUGGAGAUCUUGAACCCAACCAAAGCAGACAGUAGUGAAUACACCUGCAAGGCAUCCAACCAGCAUGGCAGUGACAGCUGUUCCACCUCUCUGACAGUAACGGAAAUGUACCCACCAGUAUUUAUUAAAAAACCUGAUCCAAUGACUUUAUAUGUGGGCAAGCAAGCUGCUUUCCAAUGCACAGUCACUGGCUCCACACCUAUGGAUGUUGUCUGGCACAAAGACAACAUUGCCAUCACUUCUGGAGCAAACUAUAAUGUAACAAGUGACAAGAACAAACAUUCUCUUCAAAUCAAAAGUCUUCAGUUAGAAGACCAGGGGGUUUACCUGUGUAAAGCAUCCAACAGUGUUGGCACUGCUACAUGCAGCACAGAGCUGAUUGUUAUCAAGAAGCCCAGCUUUAUAAAGACCUUUGAGUCAGUGUCUGCAGCUGUUGGCAAUCUAUUACGUCUUGAGUGCCAAGUGGAUGAGGACACUGGAGUGACCAUCACCUGGACAAAGGAUGGCAAAAAAAUGCAUCAAACAAUGGAAAGUAAACUUUCUUUUGAAGAAAAGGUCAUUGUUCUUGAAAUUUCUAAGGCAAAACUGAAAGAUUCAGGGAGAUAUGUCUGUACAGCUUCAAACGAUGCUGGGACUUCAGAUUGCUCUGCUGUGUUGACAGUGCAAGAGCCUCCUACCUUUGUGAAGAAAAUGGAGUCUAAGAUUACAUGGAAGCAGGGCAUUGCUGCACGAUUACAGUGCACAGUCAAAGGAUCCCCUGAACUUCACUCAAGCUGGUUUUUAAAUGACAAGGAACUCAGCGAUGGAGAGAAAUAUAAAAUCUCUUUCAAGAAUGGUCUUGCUAUUUUAGAAAUAAUCAAUCUUCUUGUGUCAGACAGUGGAAACUACACCUUUGAGGUGUCUAAUGACUCGGGUAGUGAAAGCUGCAGCACGCAAAUAUCUGUUAAAGAGCCCCCUUCCAUCCGUAAAGAACUACAAAUGGUCGAGGCAGUGAAGGGUACUGCAGCUCUAAUGGAAUGUGAAGUUGUUGGAACAGCUCCUUUUGAAAUCACCUGGUUCAAAAACAAGAAACAACUAACCACAGAUAAAAAGUACAGGGUAGUCUCUCAGGAAUCUAUGGCCCGUUUGGAAAUCUGCUCAUUUGAAAGUGCAGAUGUUGGGGAUUACCAAUGUGUUGUAUCUAAUGAUGUUGGUAAAAUUUCCUCCAAGGCCCUAGCAAAACUGAAAGAACAACCAACAUUCUCAAAGAGGAUUGACAGUACUACAGCAAUUUUGGGCACUGCUGUAAAACUGCAGGGCACCAUAAAAGGCUCGACCCCCAUCACAGUCAAAUGGAUGAAGGACUCUGAAAUACUGAGAGAUGAUGAUCCUAACUUAAAAAUGUUUUUUGAGAACAAUGUUGCUAGUUUAUCAAUAGCAACCGUUGUAAUUAGUCAUGGUGGCAAAUAUACCUGCCAAGCAGAGAAUGAAGCAGGACUACAGAAAUGUGAAGCUACUUUAACCGUUCAAGAACCAGCUAGAAUCUUAGAGAAAGCUGAGUCCAUUAGUGUGACAGUGGGGGAUUCAGCAACCUUGGAGUGCACUAUUGCAGGAAGUCCAGACCUCAAAGUCAAAUGGUUCAAAGAUGGAAAGGAAGUCACAGGUGGUCGAAAAUAUAAGAUGACUCUUAAGGACAAUGUUGCUGUUUUAAAGAUUCUUGCAGCAGAAAAAGGAGACAGUUCUGAAUACAAAAUGGAAGUGUCCAAUCGAGUUGGAAAAGACGAGUGCUCUUGUUCUAUCACUGUUCUAGAUCGGAUCAUGCCUCCGUCUUUCACUAAGUCUCUAAAAAGAGUUGAUGGAAGCAUUGGUAACAAUGUCUCAAUGGACUGUAAAGUAUCUGGGUCUCAGCCCAUGACCAUAUCUUGGUUCAAAGAUGACAAGGAAAUUAAGAGCGGACAGAAAUAUCAACCUGAGUUUAAAGACAGUUCAGCUGUACUGAAAGUCAUUCAGCUGGAGAAAGAUGAUGCUGGAGUGUACAAAUGCCUGGCAACAAAUGCUGCUGGUUUUAAAGACAGCAGUGGAACUUUAUACGUCAAAGAACCUCCGGUCUUCACAUUGAAACCUAAUUCUCAAGAUGUCAUACCAGGAUCUGCUGUCAUCUUGAAGGCAGCUUUCUCUGGAACAGCUCCUUUUACUGUUAAAUGGUUCAGAGAGGACAAAGAGGUAUCAUCUGGAGGCUCAUGUUUUAUCAAGAAAGACGCCUUGUCAAGCAUCUUGGAGCUUCACUCAGUAAAACCUACUGACUCUGCUACCUACACUUGCCAAGUAAUGAAUGAUGCUGGGAAGGUGUCAUGCACCGCAGUCCUGUUCGUCAAAGAGCCACCAGUGUUUGUCAUGAAGCUUGAGUCUUCAAAACUUGUAACCAGUGGCAGUGCUGUAGUUAUGGAGUGCAAAGCUACUGGCAGCCCUGAAAUCACUUUUAAGUGGUUUAAGAACGAAAUCGAGAUCAGUUCUAAUCAGAAAUACAAAACGAGUGUAAAGAACUUAGUUGUCUCAUUGGAGAUAGUCAACUGCACUGUUGAGGAUAGUGGAGACUAUGUUUGUGUGGCGUCAAGUGAUGCUGGUAGUGACCGCUGCAGCAGCACAGUGACAGUCAAAGAACCUCCUGUGUUUUUGAGGACUUUUGAACACAAAGAUGUUAUCAAAGGGUCAGAUGUGAUGAUGGAAGGACAGGUGUCGGGCUCUGCUCCUUUCAGUGUAUCUUUUUACAAAAGUGCCAAGUUGAUCAGAAAUGAUAAAAGGCACAAGAUCAGUGUAACAGGUGACAUACUUGCCCUCCAAAUACUUACAGUUGAUGCUUUGGAUACUGGAACGUAUCAAUGCACUGUGGAAAAUGAAGUUGGGAAAACUUCUUGUGAUUAUAGUGUAACCCUAAAAGAACCUCCGUCAUUUGUGCAAAAGUUAGAGAACACAGUUUCUCAAGUAGGCAGUGAGAUUUCUCUUCAGUGUGGGCUGAAGGGAUCUGAACCAAUGACGGUGUCAUGGCAUAAGGAUGACCACGAGGUCAGAGAGGCUGAACACAUGCAGAUAUCCUAUAAAGACAGGACUGCACUGCUGCACAUCACAAACGUACAAGCCAAAUAUGGAGGAAAAUAUACAUGUCAGGCACAGAAUCUAGCUGGUUGUCAGAAAUGCUCAGCUGUCUUGACAGUCAAAGAACCAGCUACAAUCACUGAGGAAGCCAAGUCCAUCAGUGUUACAUUGGGGGAUCCAGCUACUCUAGAAUGCAGGUUCUCUGGAACCAAAGUCAUCAAAGCCAAAUGGCUGAAGGAUGGGAAAGAGCUAACAUCAGGUCAAAGAUACAAAGUCCAAAACACAGAUACAAGCUCCAUUCUGAAGAUUCUAGCCACAGCGAAAAGUGAUAGUGGGGACUACAUAUUUGAGGUUUCAAAUGACGUUGGACAUAGUUCUUGUGAGGCUACAGUCACAGUUCUCGAUCAAAUACUUAAGCCCUCGUUCACAAGAAAACUGAAGAAAACAGAAAGCAUCAAAGGAUCAUUUGCCCACUUGGAAUGCCUUGUGUCAGGGUCUUUGCCCAUAACUGUACAUUGGUUCAAAGAUGAGAAAGAGAUCAAGAUUGAUGACAAACACAAAUGUACCUUCUUUGAAAAUAACGCUUUUCUCGAAAUUACUCGUCUCGAUAGUGAGGACAGUGGCAGUUAUACCUGCAUUGCUAAAAACAAAGCAGGAAGUGACCAGUGUUCUGGUGCCUUGAUUGUGAAAGAACCACCAUCUAUCUUUGAAAAACCUGAAUCAAUGGACGUUGUGCCUGGAUCAAAGGUCCAGUUUAAUGUCCUUGUGUCUGGUACUCCACCCAUGACCAUAAAAUGGUUUAAGGAUAAAAAAGAAAUUAUGUCAAGCUCUGACUGUUCUGUAAUUAAGGACCACACCUCAAGUUCACUGGAACUGUUCUUUGCCAAAACAUCAGACUCUGGAGACUAUGUCUGUGAAAUUAAGAAUGAUGUUGGCUCUGCUGUUUGCCAGGCAACUCUCUUUGUCAAAGAGCCUCCAAAAUUCACUCGCACUCCAGAUAGACUGUCUGUGGUGAAGCCAGGGCAGAGUAAGAUGUUUGAGUGCCAAGUGACAGGAACACCAGAGAUAGACAUCUACUGGUUUAGAGAUGGGAAUGAAAUCAACCCUAGUGACAAAUACAAGAUGUCUUAUGUCAACUCCUUGGUAACUCUAGACAUAUGCAAUGCCGAUAUGAAAGACAGUGGAAUGUACUACUGUGAGGCACGCAAUGAGGCUGGUAGUGAAAGCUGUAAUAUGGAAUUGAGAGUUAAAGAGCCACCAUCCUUUGUAAAAAUGUUAGUACCCUCAGAUGUUGUAAAGGGCUCAAAUGCAUUUUUUGAGUGCCAAAUCAUUGGGACUGCUCCAUUAGAAAUUACAUGGCACAAGGAUCUGAAGGAAAUCAAAUCCAGCACAAAGUACAGUUUUUCACAAGUUGAUGACAUACUGAGACUUGAGGUGCAAAAAUGUGAUGUCAUAGAUGUAGGUGAAUACCAGUGCACUGUUGCUAAUGAGGUGGGAAGCUGUUCUUGUAAGACUACACUGAACAUUAAAGAACCACCAUCAUUUGUGGAGAAGAUCCAGAGUGUUGCCACUGUGUUGGGCCAACUAGCUAAAUUCCAGUGUAUUGUGGCUGGCUCACCAACCUUGUCCGUGCAAUGGCAAAAGGAUGAGAAUUGGAUCUUGGAAGAUCCUAAGAUUGAAAGGAUGUUUGAAAAUAAUGUGGCAACUUUAAAGAUUCCUGUUUGCGAAGCCUGUCACAGUGGGAAAUAUACCUGCCAGGUCCUAAAUGAAGCUGGACAAGACAAGUGCUUUGCAAGCCUGACUGUGCAAGAGCCCCCACAGAUAACGGAGAAACCAGAGAUGAUAAAGGUGACCAUUGGGGAUCCAGUCAGUUUAGAGUGUAAAGUGACCGGCUCCCCUGAGCUCAGGGUUAAAUGGAUGAAAGAUGGCAAAGAGCUUCAGUCCAAACCACAACAGAAGCUUAGCUUUGAGAACAAUGUCAGUUGCCUUAAAAUUCAAUCUGCACAGAUGGAAAAUGGAGGGGAUUAUGUCUUUGAGGUGGCUAACCACAUUGACACCUGCCACUGCAAACUCAAACUGGUUGUACUAGAACAAGUGAUCCCCCCAAGCUUCAUCAAGCCUUUGAUGGCCAUGCAGGAAAUACUGGGUUCGUUUGUUCAAGUUGGAUGCAAAAUAUCAGGAUCACUUCCUAUAUCUGUGGAAUGGCAGAAAGAUGGGAACAUAAUUUCUAGUGGUGGACGACACAAGCUUCUUCAGGAGGACAAUUCUGUAUCUCUGGAGAUGGAGCAGCUAGACAGAGCUGAUGCAGGCACCUACUCUUGCAAACUAACUAACAAAGCAGGGAGUUGUGAAUGCAGUGGAGCCUUAAGGGUCAAAGAGCCUCCCAGCUUUGUGCUGUCGCCUGAAUCUCAGGCUGCUCUCCCGAACACAAAUGUACGCUUUAAGAGCACAUUUAAAGGAACACCUCCCUUCACAGUGAAAUGGUUCAAGGAUGACACUGAACUCAUGACUGGACCGUCAUGUUUUACUGGACUGGAAGGCCUGUCAUGCUUCUUAGAUCUUUACUCAGUGGGAGUUUUACAAAGUGGAGUUUACUCUUGUCAAAUUAGCAAUGAUGCUGGCUCGGCAAGAUGUAGUGCUGAUUUAACAGUGAAAGAACCCCCUGAGUUUGUCCUGAAACUCCCACCCACUAAGUUCGUGAAGCAGUCCGAGCCCCUCCGUCUCGAGUGCAAGGUCACCGGUUCUCCACCCCUCCGAAUGACCUGGUUCAAAAACGACAAUAAGAUAACAGAUGGUGGUAACUACAAAACGUCAUUUGUCGAGUCAAUGGCGGUCCUUCAGCUCCUUACAACACGAUUUGAUGAUAAUGGAGUCUACACCUGCGAAGCUCAGAAUGAUGCUGGAAGUGUUAGUUGCAGCACCACUCUUACUGUCAAAGAUCCCCCAUCUUUCCUCAAAGUCCCACAACCUAUUGAAGGAAUGAAGGGCAAGGAUGUCAGUAUGUCAUGUGAAAUUAAUGGCACUGCACCCUUUGAGAUUAACUGGUACAAGGACAAAAAGCCUCUAAAAGAGAGCAGAAAGUACAAGAUGGUGAAUGAGGAUAGCUCUGCUACUCUUCAUGUCAUUGGAUUAGAGGACUCAGAUGCUGGUGAAUACGAGUGCAAGGCAGCAAACAGUGUAGGAAGUGAAACCUGCCGAACUACAGUUAGACUCAGAGAGCCACCUGCAUUUGUGAAGAAGUUAUCUAACAUGACAGUCAUAUCUGGCAAGGAGGUGACUCUGGUGGCCACUGUCAAAGGCUCUCAGCCAAUGACUGUGUCUUGGGUUCAAGACAAGGAUCACAUACUCAGAGACGGUGACAACCGGAAAAUAACCUUUGAGAAUAACCAGGCCACUCUUAAAGUUUUCCAAGCAGACUCUACCACAGCUGGGAAAUACACCUGCCAACUCAAAAAUGAUGCUGGCAUUGUGGAAUGUUUUGCUAACUUGACUGUCCUAGAGCCUGCAAAGGUAGUGGACAGACCAGAGUCUCUUAGUGUCACCGCAGGUGAUAUUGCUGCCCUAGAGGUCACAGUAUGUGGGACACCAGAGCUAAAACCAAAAUGGUUCAAGAACGGUGUUGAGCUCUCAUCUGGCAAGAAGUACAAAAUCUCCUUCUCCAAGAUGAUCUCCAGCCUGCAGGUUCUGUCAGCGGAGAGAAUUGACACAGGAGAAUACACGUUUGAAGUUGAAAACGAGGUUGGCAGAGACCUGAGCAAAAUCAACCUCACUGUUCUAGAUAAGACCAUACCUCCCACAUUCACACGGAAACUGAAGGAUUCUAAUACAAUUGUUGGGAAACCUGGUGAGAUGGAAUGCAAAGUGUCAGGUUCUCAACCUUUCACCAUUACCUGGUACCACGAUGGGGAGGAAGUCAGGAGUGGACCAAACUAUGAGAUUGCAUUCACUGACAACAAUUGCACACUCAAAGUGCCCACUCUUAAGUUGUCCGACUCUGGAGUGUAUAAGUGCAAAGCUGUGAACAAAGCAGGAGCAAAUGAGACCUCUGCGUCUUUCAUUGUGAAAGAGCCUCCCUCUUUCGUGGUGCAACCUCAGCCAAUGGAAGCAAUGCCCGGAACAAAUGUUACUUUCUCAGCCAUUGUUAAAGGAAGUGCCCCCCUGAAACUCAAAUGGUUCAGGGGCAGCAAAGAAAUUGUGUCUGGAAGGGACUUUAUGAUUGCUUUACGGGACAAUAAAGCCACUCUGGAGUUGUUCAAAAUCGAUAAAUCCCACGCUGGAGAGUAUACAUGUCAGAUCAUUAAUGAUGCUGGGAAGGAGAGCUGUCCGGUUCACUUGUCUGUUAAAGAAUCGGCACGCUUCGUUAAAAAGCUGAAGGACCUCUCUGUUGAGAAAGGGAAACCCCUGGUUCUUGAAUGCACUUAUACUGGAAGCCCAAAGAUUUCAGUUAACUGGUCUAAGGAUGGUCAACAGAUUUUUGCCUCUUAUAAGUUCAACAUCACCACUACAGAGAGCUCAUGUAUCCUGGAAUGUUUGAACACGGAUGACAAAGAGGCAGGAGGCCGAUACUCUUGUGAAGUAUCCAAUGAUGCUGGAAAGGAUAACUGCCAUGCACAAGUGUCAAUUCUGGAACCACCCUAUUUUAUUGAAAAGUUGGAGCCCAUGGAAGUGACUGCAGGUGAUGCAGUCUGUUUGAAAUGCCAGGUUGGAGGAACACCUGAAAUCAAAGUGUCUUGGUUUAAAGCUGAUGGAAAAGUGAGAUCCACUGCAACCUGCAAAAUUGAAUAUUCCAAAGGCACUGCCUGUUUGAAGCUAAGCAAAGCAACUAAGUCGGAUAUCGGCGAAUACACCUGCAAGGCAGAGAACACAAUAGGCUCUGCCUCUUCAAGCUGCAGACUCAAUGUUCAAGAGGCCAAAACACCACCUUCCUUCCCAAAGAAAAUCACGAGUCUUCAGCAGACUGAGGGUCAAGCAGUCAGGUUUGAAUGCCGUGUGGCUGGGUCUUCUCCCAUCGAAGUCUCUUGGCUCAAAGACGGUGAACCUCUGAGAAACCAAAAUGAAUUCUCCACAUCUUACGAUGAUAACACAGCUGCCCUGCAAAUCCACAAGGGAGAGAUGAGGCACUCUGGAGAGUACACUUGUGUUGCUACCAACAGUGUUGGAACAGCUUCCUGUAGAGCCAAACUCACUCUUCAAGAACCAAGAUACCCCCCUGUGUUUGACAGAAAGCUCCCACCCCAGGAUGUAUCAGUAGGGGGCAGUGUUGAGCUUGAAUGCCACAUGACGGGGUCAAUGCCAAUAAAAGUCACUUGGUCAAAGGAUCAUAAAGAUAUUCGAUCUGGGGGAAAUUAUAAGAUGUCCUGCGAGAAUAAUACCCCCCAUCUUACUAUUCUGAAGGCUGAUAAAUCUGACACUGGACGCUACUUUUGCCAGGCCUCUAAUGAUAUUGGCAAGGACUCUUGUUCCGCAGACAUUUCUGUGAAAGAGCGUAAAAUCCCUCCCACCUUCACCAAAUUGCCAGCAGAAAACAUUGAAGACACAGAGGGCAAAGUGGUGAAGAUAGAGGGUCGUUUAUCUGGAUCUCAGCCCAUGACUAUCACCUGGUAUAAAGAUAACAGUGAAAUCCACAGCUCUGAUAAGUAUGACAUUUCCUUCAAGAGCAAUGUGGCUGUGCUGUGUAUCAAGAACUCCCAGGUCUCUGACAAUGGCAGAUACAGCUGCAAAGCUACCAAUGAAGCUGGAACUGCCUCCUGUCCAGCCUCAGUUGCCAUUUCUGAGCACAGGAAACCUCCAGUAUUUGAUGUCCCUCUAAAGCCAGUGACUGUGAAUGAGGGAGAGAAGUUGAGCCUUAGAUGUCAUGUUCGUGGAUCUCCUCCCAUUAAGAUUCAGUGGAUGAGGGACAGGAAGGAACUACAGUCCUCCACUAACACUAAAAUCACAUUCACUGAUGGCACUGCCUGUUUGGAUAUCAAUCAAACGUCUAGAACGGAUGCAGGGGACUAUCUCUGCAAGGCUACCAAUGAUGCUGGUAGUGAAUUCUGCAAGUCUAAAGUGACAGUGAAAGAGAGAGCUGGAGGAGCAUCUCCACCUUCUGAGACAACCCCUGCAGCUACCACACCUACUAAGAAACUGGACAAUCUGUUUUUCAUCGAGGAGCCAAGAACUGCCCAUGUUUCUGAGAAGGGCACUGCAACGUUUAUUGCCAAAGUCGGAGGUGAUCCCAUUCCAAAUGUGAAAUGGAUGAAGGGCAAGUGGAGGCAGAUCACUCAUGGAGGUCGCAUCACUAUUGAGCAGAAGGGCCAGGAGGCCAAGUUUGAAAUAAGAGAAGUGACCAAAUCUGACUCUGGGCAGUACAGAUGUGUUGCCACCAACAAACACGGAGAAAUAGAAUGCAACACUGACUUGAAUGUUGACGAAAGGAAAGACUCUGCUGGUAUGGAAGGAGAUUUCAGAGCAAAACUGAAGAAGACUCCUUCCAAACAGAAGAGUCCACAGGAGAGUAAAGACAUAGACAUUGUGGAGUUGCUCAGAAAUGUCGACCCUAAGGAGUACGAGAAAUAUGCCCGUAUGUAUGGCAUCACUGACUACCGUGGCCUCCUUCAGGCCAUUGAGCAACUGAAGAGGGAGAAAGCUGAAGAAAGUGGGAGACCGGAAGCAGAUCGAGGAGAUAGAGAUUCUGAUGAAGACAUGGCCAAACUAGUGGCUGAUCUACAGAAAAGAAUGGAGCGUACUGAGCCUGUCACUGUGAUAAACGACAUAGCAGAUCAGACCGUGGUCACAAAUAAGGAGGCGGUGUUUGAGUGUGAGGUCAAGAUCAACUACCCUGAGAUUUCCUUGUCCUGGUACAAGGCAACACAGAAGCUUGACAGUAAUGACCAAUAUGACAUCAGCAUUGUUGGUGACCGCCACAUUCUGAAGAUCAAGAAGUGUCAGUCCAAGGACCAGGGAAACUACCGUGUGGUUUGUGGCCCACACAUCUCCAGUGCCAAGCUGACAGUGAUGGAAGCUGAGGUUGAAAAGCACCUUCAGGAAGCUGCGGUCCCUAGAGUCCCUGUGGAUGAAUCUGUCCAGAAAACCACAAUAGGGAUGAGGCAGCAAGUCCCACCCAAAGAUCAUGAAGCACCCAAGAAACCAGAGGACAAACAUACUAAACCAUCUAUACAGGAUACACCAAAACCAAUCACAGCCAAAAAAACAGUAGAGGAGAAGAUCUCUACGGUAUUGGCUCCUGAGAAAAAGGAACACCCCUCUCCUAAAGAUGAAACCAAGGGACCUGUUACAGCACCUGGAGGAGCCAAGAAAGAUGGAAAACCCGCUGAAGAAGCAGCAGGGAGGGGUAGAGGUAGAGGUCUAAAAGCCAAGCAGACUCCAUCCCCUGGUGAAGGAGGCAGGGGAAGAGGAAUGAGACCUGGUGGAGACAAACCACCAGAGGAACCCUUUGGAGGAUUCAAGCUCAAAGCUGUUCCCCUUAAGUUCAUUAAAAAACUCCAGGACAUAGUGUUGAAGGAAGCUGAAUCUAUUGGCUCAGCAGCUGUGUUUGAGUGUGAGGUUUCACCCUCUACUGCAAUAACAACAUGGAUGAAAGAUGGAAGCAACCUAAGAGAGAGCCCAAAACACAAAUUCACCUCUGAUGGCAAAGAUCGCAAACUGAACAUCAUUGAUGUCCAACUCUCUGACACUGGCGAAUAUACUUGUAUCGCCAAGAAUGCCGGCAAAGAAAUUACAUGUACAGCCAAACUCAUUGUUGAGGAGCUGCCUGUGAAGUUCAUUAAGACCUUGGAAGAAGAGACUUCAGUCCUUAAGGGACAGCCUCUAUACCUGACCUGUGAGUUGAACAAAGAGAGAGAUGUUGUAUGGAAGAAGAACGGUCAGCCCCUCAAGAAAAUCGCAGGGAAGAUGGCUAUCAAUGUCAUUGGAAUGCAACAUGCAAUUACACUCCAGGACUCAGGGGAAGAAGAUGCUGGUAACUACACAUGUGAGUGCGAGGACAUCAAGACAGAAACAGAAGUCAAAGUAAUUGAAAUCAUCAGAGACUGGUUGGUGAAACCACUGAGAGACCAGCAUGUGAAACCUAAGGCCACAGCCACAUUCAAGUGUGAACUCUUCAAAGACACACCCAACUGGAAGUGGUUCAAAGGGGAUCAAGAGAUUUCCAAUGAUCCCACUGACAAAACAGAGGUCAAGAAAGACGGAAAAGAAGUGACUCUUACCAUCAAGAACUCACAGCCUGAUGAUGUAGGAGAAUAUGCCAUGGAAGUUGAAGGACGUAGAUAUGCUGCUAAACUAACACUUGGAGAACGUGAGGCUGAGAUCUUGAAGCCUCUCUCCAGCAUUGAGGUGGUUGAGAAAGAAAACGCAUCCUUUGAAACUGAGAUUUCUGAAGAGGACGUGGCCGGAGAAUGGAAACUUAAAGGGCAAAUCCUGACCAGAUCACCAACUUGUGACAUUAAAGCUGAGGGCAUGAAACGUUUCCUCACUCUGAAAAAUGUGGAAGUUGAUCAGUCCGGUGAAGUAUCUUAUCAGGCUCUGAAUGCUAUCACCAGCGCUAUGCUCACAGUCAAAGAAAUCGAAAUGGACUUCACAGUCCCCUUGAAGGACGUGUCUGUACCUGAAAAGAAACAGGCUAAAUUUCAGUGUGCCAUCACAAGGGAUGUGCCAAAGGUCAUGUGGCUAAGGGGUUCUGACAUCAUUUCACAAGAUCAAAAAUAUGAGAUAAUUGAUGAUGGGAAAAAACAUAUGUUGGUCAUUAACAACUGUGAAUUUGAUGAUGAGGCACAAUAUACUAUUCAAGUUUUGGGCAAAAGUUCAACAGCUAAGCUCACUGUCGAGGGUAUGAGGCUUAAAUUUGUCUCACCACUAAAGGACCAAACUGUGAAGGAAGGUCAAACUGCUCAGUUUGAUGUUGAGCUUUCUCAUGAGAAUGUACCAGUGACAUGGUACAGAAAUGAAAUAAAACUGCAUCCAAGCAGAACAAUUGUCACCCAAGUUGAUGGAAAGAAACACAUAUUAAUAAUGAGGGAGUUGACACUAGAUGAUACAUGCCAGAUUAAGGCAGAGGCUAAAGGAUUUCCCUCAAUGGCAAACUUGACGGUGAUAGAGGGUGACGCAUACUUCGUAGUGAAGUUGCAAGACUAUACCGCUGUGGAGAAAGACGAGGUCACUCUGGACUGUGAACUCAGCAAAGACGUCCCUGUGAUGUGGUACCACAAAGAGACAGAGAUCAAAGCCUCCAAGAUGGUGACCAUAAAGGCUGAAGGGAAACGCAGAGUGCUGUCCAUUAAGAAAGUGGAGGAAAAAGAUAGAGGGCAAUAUGUAUGUGACUGUGGAACUGACAAGACCAUGGCAAACAUCAAUAUUGAAGCUCGUGAUAUUAAGGUGGUUCGCCCCAUGUAUGGUGUUGAGCUCUUUGACGGUGAGACGGCUCGUUUUGAAGUGGAGAUUUCUGAAGAUGAUAUCCAUGGCCAGUGGAAGUUAAAUGGAGAACCCCUUACUACCUCUCCUGAUGUCGAAAUGAUUGAGGAUGGUGCAAAGCAUACUUUGACUUUGUACAACUGCAAGGUAUCCCAGACAGGUGAAGUGGGAUACCAGGGGGCUAAUGCUAAGUGUUCUGCUAACCUAAAAGUUAAAGAGCUUCCGAUUACCUUUAUUAUCCCGCUGAGUGACGUUAACGUGUAUGAGAAGGACGAGGCAAGGUUUGAGUGUGAGGUGUCAAGGGAACCCAAGACCUUCCGUUGGCUCAAGGGAUCUCAGGAACUACAGUCUGAUGACAAGUAUGAGAUUACAAAAGAUGGAAAAAGGUUCACGAUGGUGGUGAAAUCUGCCGCCUAUGACGAUGAAGCCAAGUAUGUGUUUGAGGCAGAGGACAAGAGAACAACUGGAAAACUAAUUAUCCAAGGCAUCCGCCUUGAGUUUGUCAAGCCCAUUAAGGAUGUCACAGUGAAGGAGCGUGAGACAGCAGAGUUCAGUAUUGAACUUUCACAUGACAAGAUCCAGGUCACUUGGUACAAGAACGAUGUGCGUUUGCAUCCCAGCAAAGUGGUGCACAUGUCAGAUGAUGGCAAGUUCCACACCCUGGCCUUCAAGGAAGUGUCCAUUGAUGAUACAUCUCUGAUCAAAGUGGAGGCCAUGGGAAAGACAUCAGAGGCCAUGCUGACUGUUCUAGAGGGAGAGGCCUAUUUCACAACCAAGUUGCAAGACUACACUGCAGUAGAGAAGGAUGAAGUGACACUGGUUUGUGAACUGAGCAAGGCUUCCGCUCAAGUGAGAUGGUUCAAAGAUGGACAGGAGAUUGUUCCCUCCAAAAAUGUGUUAAUCAAGGCCGAUGGAAAGGGGCGUUUUCUUACUGUUAAGAAAGCAGAGAAAGGCAACAUUGGAGAAUACUCAUGUGACUGUGGAACUGACAAAACUACUGCCAGGCUGAACAUUGAGGAGCGUGACAUCAAGAUAGUCCGUCCCCUGUACAGUGUGGAAGUGACAGAGACUGAGACUGCUCGCUUUGAGACAGAGAUCUCUGAGGAGGAUGUGCAUGGUCACUGGAAGCUCAAAGGAGAAACCCUUCACCAGUCUCCUGACUGUGAGAAAAAGGAGGAAGGAACAAAGCAUAUUCUGAUCCUGUACAACGUUCGUAAGGAUCAGGCAGGAGGAGUUGAUUUUCAGGCAGCCAAUGCUAAAUCCAGUGCUCAGCUCAGAGUUAAAGCACGGGUGAUCGGCCUAUUGAGGCCUCUCAAGGAUGUUACUGUUACUGCUGGGGAGACUGCAACAUUCGACUGUGAACUGUCAUAUGAAGGCAUUGCCGUGGAAUGGUUCCUAGGGGGUACAAAGUUGGAACCAAGUGACAGAGUGGUCUUCAGGUCUGAGGGCAGAACUCACACUCUGACUCUCAGAGAUGUGAAGAUGACAGAGGCUGGUGAGGUACAACUCAUUGCUAAAGACUUCCAGACACAGGGCAAACUGAUUGUAAACGAGCCACCAGUUGAGUUCACCAAACCUCUGAAGGACCAGACAGUAGAAGAGGAGGCCACUGCUACUCUGGAAUGUGAAGUUUCCAGAGAAAAGGCUGAAGUCAAAUGGUUCAGAGAUGGACAGGAGAUCCGCAAAACUAAGAAACAUGAAAUGGUUGCUGAUGGCCGCAAGAGAAAACUGAUCAUUCAAGGCUGCACACUUGAUGAUUCUAAGACAUAUUCCUGUGACGCAGGGGAAUUCAAAACAUCUGCUUUCCUGAAUGUUGAACCUCCACAUGUUGAGUUCAGUAAGCCGCUCCGUGAUGUUGAGGUCAAAGAGAAGGAAUCUGCGAGAUUUGAAUGUGAAGUUUCACGUGAAAAUGCCAAGGUCCGCUGGUUUAAGGAUGGCAGUGAAAUCAGAAAAGGGAAAAAGUAUGAAAUAAUUGCAACAGGUCGCCAACAUAUCCUCAUCAUCAACAAGUCAGUCUUUGAUGAUGAAGCUGAGUAUGAAUGCGAUGCAAAGACCUCCAAAUCCUCUGGCAUGCUGACAGUUGUCGAGGAGGAGGCUAGGUUCUCAAAGAACCUGUCUAACGUGGAAGGAACAGAGACAGACAGCGUGAAAAUGAUCUGUGAAGUAUCAAAGCCCAGUGCUGAAGUCACCUGGUACAAGGGUGACAAGGAGCUGCCUGAGGGAGGAAGAUAUGACCAGAUUGUGGAUGGAAAGAAGAGAAUUCUUAUCAUCCAGGAUCUCAAAAUGGACGAUGCUGGAGAGUACAACUGCAGACUGAGCAACGCUAAAACGUCUGCUACACUGAAAAUCAAUGAACUUGCUGCCGAGUUCAUUGCCAAACCUCAGAAUCAGGAGGUGGUUGAGGGAGAAAAGGCUGAGUUUGUCUGCUCGGUCUCCAAGGACACCUUUGAAGUCAAAUGGCUGAAGGAUAACAAGCAGCUAGAAGCUGGUGAUAAGUACCAGAUGAUCUCUGAUGGAAAGAGAAGAACUCUGGUUAUAAAGAACUGUGAUCCGAAGGAUGAAGGAGGCUACGCUGUGAUGAUUGGCACUACAAGAGCUUCAGCUGACCUGUUUGUUCUCGAGAAACUUAGGAUCAUUACACCACUCAAAGACACAGAAGCAAAAGAAGGACAAGAGAUUGUCUUGAAUUGUGAAGUGAACACAGAAGGAGCCAAAGCCAAGUGGUUGAAAAAUGACGAGACUAUGUUUGAGAGCAGCACGUUUGUCAUGGUGCAGAAAGACAAUGUCUUUUCUCUGAGGAUCAAGGAUGGUCAGAAGACAGAUGAAGCUAACUACACUAUCACACUAACAAACCAGCGUAAUGAACAUGCUAAGAGUUCUGCAAAACUCACUGUCAAAGAGGAGAGUCUGAAAAUUGUUACUCCUCUGGAAGAUGUUGACACACAAGAGAAGAAGACAAUUACCUUCUCCUGCAAGGUGAACAGACCAAAUGUCACUGUCAAGUGGAUGAAGGCUGGCCAGGAGAUUACCAUGAGCAAGCGCAUCCUGUACAGGGUAGACAAAGACAAACACACGCUGACCAUCAAGGACUGUAUUCUGGCCGAUGAGGGUGAAUACACCGCAGUUGCCGGUGAUGACAAAUGCACCGCUGAGCUUAUCAUCAGUGAGGCACCCACAGACUUUUCCACACAACUUAAAGACCAGACCAUUACUGAGUUUGAGGAUGCUGAGUUCACCUGCAAGAUCACCAAGGAGAAAGCAGAUGUCAAAUGGUACAGGAAUGGACGUGAAAUUAGAGAAGGACCAAGAUAUACGUUCAGUAAGGAGGGAAAGAUCUGCAAACUGCAAAUCAAGGAGUGCAGACCAGAUGAUGAGUGUGAAUAUGCUUGUGGAGUUGACGAGAAACGAUCCAGGGCUAAGCUCUUCGUUGAAGAGACGACUGUUGAGAUUGUGAGACCACCCAAGGAUGUGUAUGAGCCUCCAGGUUCAGAUGUUGUCUAUGAAGUUGAGUUGAACAAAGACAAAGUUGAGGUCAAAUGGUUGAGGAACAACAUGACUAUUGUCCAGGGAGACAAAUACCAGAUGAUGAGUGAAGGAAAAGUCCACAGACUGCAGGUGUGUGAGAUUAGACCCCGUGACCAGGGAGAGUACAGAAUCAUCGUCAAGGACAAGGAUGCCAAAGCCAAGCUGGAACUGGCAGCCGUUCCAAAGAUUAAGACCACCGACCAGAGCUUUGUGACAGACGCUGGAAAGCCCAUUGUGAUGGCUGUUCCUUACAGUGCCUAUCCCAAAGCUGAGGCAAACUGGCUGUACAACACUCUAAGUAUGCCCAAGGACAACAUUCACACAGCCACAGACAAAACUGAGUACAGACUGAAGGACCCUAAGAAGUCCGAUGAGGGACGUUACAAGGUGGUCAUCAAGAACAAACAUGGAGAGGGAGAAGCAUUCAUCAACCUCAGUGUCAUUGACAUUCCUGGCCCAGUCAAAAACCUGCAAGUGGUUGACACUGCAGACGGUGAGGUCAGCCUGGCCUGGGAGGAGCCGGAGAGCGAUGGUGGCAGCAAGGUCAUUGCUUACGUGGUGGAAAGGCGUGAUGUAAAGCGCAAGACCUGGACACUGGCCACAGACCGCUCUGAAGCUCCAGAGUACUGUGUAACUGGGCUCCAGAAGGACUCCAUGUAUUUGUUCCGUGUCUGCGCUCGUAACAGAGUUGGCAGUGGACCCAAUGUAGAGACAGACAAACCUGUACAACCGAAGAAUAAGUUUGACGUUCCUGAUGCACCUCAGAAUGUAAAGGUUGGAAAUGUUAGCAAAUUUGGAGCAACUGUGUCCUGGGAACCUCCUCGGUCUAAUGGAGGAUCAGAGAUAACCUCCUACAUCAUCGAGCUUCGUGAUAGAACGUCUGUGAGCUGGUCUGCCGCAUUGGUCACCAAACCCGAGGACCGCAGCGCCAUCCUUAAUGAUGUCAUUGAGAACAAAGAAUACAUCUUCAGGGUCAAAGCUGAGAACAAAGCUGGAAUUGGCAAGCCAAGCGCUGCCACCAACCCAGUCAAAAUCAUGGACCCCAUCGAGAGGCCCAGCCCCCCUAUGAACCUGGUCCACUCAGAACAGAACAAGAACUCAGUCCAGCUGACCUGGGAGACUCCCCUGAAAAAUGGAGGCAGCAUGAUCACAGGCUAUAUCAUUGAGAGGUGUGAGGAUGGAACAAACAAGUGGCUGAGAUGCAACGCUCGGCUCUGCCAGGACCUUUGCUAUAAGAUCUCUGGUCUGAAGUAUGGUCUGAAGUACAACUACAGAGUAUUUGCUGAGAACGCAGCUGGAAUGUCGGAUUCCUCUAACAUUGUUGGACCUUUACUGGCUGAUGAUCCCCACUUUGCCCCCACUUUUGAUCUUGGUGCCUUUAAGGAUGGCCUGGAGGUCAUCGUUCCUCACCCUCUCACUAUCCGUGUCCCUAUCUCUGGAUAUCCCAUACCCACUGCUAAGUGGACCUUUGGAGAUAAGCAGAUGACUGCCGGGGAUCGUGUAUCCAUGGUUACAAAGAGUACCUUCACAGAACUGCUAGUUACCCCCAGUGUGCGUCCAGACAAGGGCACAUACACCCUGCACCUGGAGAACGACGUGUCUUCCGUCUCAGGAGACAUUGAGGUCACUGUUAUUGCAUCUCCAAGUGCGCCCAAGGACUUUAAGGUUGCAGAAGUUACCAGGCAACACGUGCACCUGAUGUGGGAGGCACCAGAGCAUGACGGAGGAAGCCCUCUGACUGGCUACCAGAUAGAAAAGCGUGAUGUGUCCCGCAAGACCUGGGUGAAGGUGAUAACUGGCGUUCAGGACCAGGAGUUCACUGUGACUGAUGUUGUUGAGGGGAAGGAGUAUCUUUUCAGGGUUACUGCCUGCAAUAAAUGUGGCCCAGGAGAGCCUGCUUACAUUGACGAGCCAGUCAAUGUGUCCUCUCCCGCCACUGUGCCAGACCCCCCUGAGAACCUGAGAUGGAGGGACAAGUCUGCUCAUGGCAUCUUCCUGACCUGGGAGCCCCCUAAAUAUGAUGGUGGCACGGGUAUCAGAGGCUACAACGUAGACAGAUGCCAGCGUGGCACAGAAAAGUGGGAGCCCUGUGGCGAUCUUGUAGCAGAACUCAAGUUGGAGGUAACUGGUCUGACUGAGGGACAGUGGUAUUCCUAUCGUGUUAGAGCUUUGAACAGACUAGGAGCCAGCAGACCCUGCAAGGCCACAGAUGAAAUCCUGGCUGUGGAUCCAAAAGAGGCUCCAGAGAUUCUGCUUGAUGUGAAGCUACUUGCUGGACUGACUGUCAAGGCUGGAGCUAGAAUUGAGCUUCCAGCUGAUGUGCUUGGAAAGCCAGUACCUAAAGUGAAAUGGACCAAGGCUGACCUGGCCCUGAAGACAGAUGACAGAGUGUCUAUUGUUGACAAGCCUGGUCACUCUAUGGUGACUGUUGCAAAGACAGUGAGAGAGGACACAGCCACCUACAUCAUUGAAGCAGUCAACAGCAGUGGUCGUGCAGCUGCAACUGUGGAUGUCAAUAUUCUUGAUAAGCCAGGUCCUCCUGCUGCCUUUGACAUUUCUGAGAUCACCAAUGAGUCCUGCUUCCUUGCAUGGAACCCUCCCAGAGAUGACGGGGGCUCAAAGGUCACCAACUACAUUGUGGAGAGGCGAGCUGCAGACAGCCAGAUCUGGCACAAGCUUUCUUCCACUGUCAAACAGACCACCUACAAGGCCGUCAACCUGGUGGCCUUUAAGGAGUAUGUUUUCAGGGUGUUUGCAGAGAAUCAGUUUGGAAUUGGCGCAGCAGCUGAACAUGCUCCAAUCAUCGCUAGAUAUGCCUUUGACACCCCUGGGGCCCCCACUAAGCUCGAGCCCUCUGACAUUGCCAAGGACUCCCUGACUCUCACCUGGUAUGAGCCAGAGGAGGACGGUGGUAGUCCUAUCACUGGCUACUGGGUGGAGAGGUUAGAACCUGACACUGACAGAUGGAUGAGAUGCAACAAACUUCCCAUUAGGGACACUACCUUCAGAGUGAAAGGCUUGCCUACAAGGAAGAAGUACAAGUUCAGAGUCCUGGCUGAGAAUCUGGCUGGACCUGGAAAGCCUAGCAAGGAAACAGAUCUGAUCCUAGUCAAAGAUCCAAUUGACCCUCCAUGGGCUCCUGGUAAGCCAACGGUCAAGGAUGUGGCCAAAACCUCAGCCUUUUUGAUGUGGACCAAGCCUGAGCAUGACGGAGGGGCUAAGAUUGAGUCCUACAUUAUUGAAAUGCUGAAGAGUGGAACGGUGGAUUGGAUCCGUGUUGCUGAAGACAUCAAUAUUCUGGAGCACUUCCUGAAAGGCCUGAUGGAAAAGCAGGAGUACUCCUUCCGGGUCAGGGCUGUCAAUGCGGCUGGAGAGAGUGAACCUAGCGAGCCUAGCGACCCCGUACUUUGCAAAGAGAGGCUCAACCCACCAACUCCCCCUCGCUGGCUGGAGGUGGUAACAAUCACCAGGAAUAGCGCUGAGCUGAAGUGGACUGCUCCAGAAAGAGAUGGAGGGUCUCCUGUCACCAACUACGUAAUUGAGAAGAGGGAUGUCAGACGUAAAGGCUGGCAGGCAGUAGACACCACUGUAAAGGAGACCAAGUACACUGUGACUCCUCUAAACGAGGGCUCCCUGUACGUAUUCCGUGUGGCUGCUGAGAACGCUGUUGGACAAAGUGGAUUCUGUGAAAUGGAGGACUCCAUUUUGGCUAAGGACACUUUCACUACUCCUGGGCCACCCUAUAAUGUGGCAGUGCUGAGUGUGUCCAAGAGACACGUUGAUCUUCAGUGGGAGGCUCCACAGAAUGACGGUGGAAGACCCAUACUGAGGUAUUCCCUUGAGAAGAAAGAGAAGUUGGGAACCCGCUGGGUGAAGUGUGGCAAGACCGCCGGACCUGACUGCAAGUACAGGGUAACUGACGUCAUUGAGGGAACUGAGGUUCAAUUCCAAAUCCGGGCUGAAAACGAGGCUGGUGCUGGACAUCCCAGUGAACCUACUGAGAUCCUUACAGUUGAAGAUCCUACAGGUCCUCCCUCUCCUCCCAUUGAGCUUCAUGUGACUGGAGCCAGCCGAGACUACAUUUCCAUUGCCUGGAAGGCCCCUGAAAGGACAGGCGGAGCCUCUAUCUCUGGCUAUCAUAUUGAGAUGUGCGAGGCUGGCACCGAAAAGUGGAUGAGGGUCAACUCUAGACCCGUCAAAGAAAUGAAGUUCCGGGUAGAAGAGGGUAUCGUUCCAGAGAAACAGUACGUCAUAAGGGUCCGGGCCAUCAACUCUGUUGGCAUCAGUGAGCCCUCUGACAUAUCGGAGAAUGUCUUUGCCAAGGACUCUGACUGCAACCCAACUCUGGAGUUCCAGACCCUGGAUCUGGUGGUUGUGGAAGGUGAGAAGAUGCAUCUGCCAGUUCCCUUCAGAGCUGUGCCCCAGCCCAAGAUCACUUGGCACAAAGAUGGCAAGGAGAUGAAGGCUGAUGAGAGACUGACGUUCAGGUCAGAGUACACAUCCUGCCACAUGGAGAUUGAUAGCUGUCUGCACGCUGAUGCUGGCCAGUACAAGGUCACCUUGGAGAACAAUCUUGGAACCUGCAGUGGGACCAUGAAUGUUAAAGUCAUUGGCCUUCCUGCUCCAUGCAAAGAGAUUAUUGCCACUGACAUCACUAAGAACUCCUGCAAGGUGUCCUGGGACCCUCCAGACUAUGAUGGAGGAAGCCCCAUCCUCCACUAUGUGCUACAGCGCAGGGAAGCUGGCAGGAGGACCUACGUCAACAUGAUGUCCGGAGAAAACAAGGUCAGCUGGCCCGUGAAAGACCUCAUCCCCAACGGAGAGUACUACUUCCGGGUCAAAGCUGUCAACAAGAUUGGUGGAGGAGAGUAUAUUGAGCUGCGAAACCCUGUUAUCGCAGAGGAUCAGAAACAACGCCCUGACCCACCUGUUGACGUUGAAACACACAACCCCACUGCCAAGACCAUCACACUGACCUGGAAGCCUCCAAUGUAUGACGGUGGCUGUAAGAUCAUGGGUUACAUCCUGGAGAAGAUGAUGAAGGGAGAAGAUAAAUUUGAGAGGUGUAACGACUUCCUGGUCCCCGUGCUGUCGUACACAGUCAGGGGUCUGCGUGAUGGAAAGCAGUACCAGUUCCGUGUGAUAGCAGAGAACGCAGCUGGAGUCAGUGACCCAUCUCGUAGCACUCCCAUGGUGAAGGCCUCUGAUGCCGUUGAACCACCCAAGGUGUUCCUGAGUGGUAAUCUGCAGUCUGGCCUGAAUAUCAAGAGAGGUUGUGAGAUCCGCCUGGAUGCCUGUAUCUCUGGCUCCCCCGCCCCCUCCGUCACCUGGCUGUGGAAUGAUAAAAUCAUCAGACCUGAAGCCCUCAGGAAGAGACUGGAGAAACCCAUUGUCAAGAAGGUAGAUACAGAGAAAGAAAAGAAAGAAAAGGAGGCCAAGGAAAAGGAGGUGAAGAAAGAGGAGGGUAAAGAGGAGAAGAAAGAAGAGAAGGCAGAGGAGAAGGCAGAGGAGAAGGCAGAGGAGAAGGCGGAGGAGAAAAAAGAGGAGAAAAAAGAAGAGCAGCUUGCUCUUGAGUCCGAGGAGCCAGAUUACCCAACCCUCAAUGAGCGUUUGACCAUUGAUGACCGUAAAAGGGGAGAGUCAUGUGCUAUCGUCAGGGAGACAAUAAGAGGUGACCAUGGUGUCUACACCAUCAAGGUGGAGAAUGAUCAUGGUGUGGCCUCUGCCACCUGUGAAGUCAACGUACUAGAUACACCUGGACCUGCUGUCAACUUCAGGUUUGAGGAAGUGAGAAAGAACACAGUUAUCUGCAAGUGGAAUCGCCCUCUUGAUGAUGGUGGUAGUGAGAUCCUAAACUACACCCUGGAGAAAAAAGACAACUCCAAGAUGGAGAUUGGCUGGGUUACUGUGACCUCAACACUUAGGGGGUGUAAGUACCUUGUGACAAAGCUGAUUGAAAAGAAGGAGUACAUCUUCCGCGUCACAGCCGAGAACAAGUUUGGUGCCGGACCACCCUGCGUCUCUGCGCCACUCAUCGCAAAGAAUCCAUUCGAACCCCCCGAGGCUCCUGAGAAGCCUGAAAUAGAGGACAUCACUGCUACCUCCAUGCUGGUGACCUGGACCGCACCCAAGGACAACGGCAGCCCCAUCCUGGGCUACUGGGUGGAAAGGAGGGAAAUCAACAGCAGCCACUGGACCAGGGUGAACCGCAACAUCAUAGAAGACAUGGAGCUCAACGUGGAAGGUCUGCUGGAGGGUCUCACCUACAUCUUUAGAGUUGCUGCUGAGAACCAGGCUGGCCCCGGGAAGUUCAGUGUCCCUUCGGAACCCAAGACGGCACAGGAGCCAAUCUUGCCUCCUGGACCACCCUUCCCCAGAGUGGUUGACACCACAGAGUCUUCUAUCGAUGUGGAAUGGGAUCCUCCUACUUACAAUGGUGGAGGGGAGAUCCUGGGCUACCACGUUGACAAGACGAUGGCUGGCUCCAAGGACUGGUCCCGCUCCACUGAGAGGCCCUGGAAGAACCGAACCUUUACGGUCUUUGGGGUCCGAGAGGGCGCCAAGUACAUUGUCAGGGUGAUUGCCUGUAAUGCUGCUGGAGAGGGAACACCUGGGGUGACAGAGGCUGUCUUCGUCAGGGACCCUCAAGAAAUCCCAGUGGUGGAGUUAGACCUUACAGUGAAGAAUGGUGUUGUGAUCAGAGCUGGAGAGACACUGUCUCUGCCUGCCCAUGUGACUGGCAGACCUCCUCCAGACAUCAAAUGGACCAAAGAUGACGGAGCUCCAGAGAAAGAGCGCGUUGAGGUGGAGAACGUUGGAAAGGAGAGCAUUCUUCGCAUCAAGAACGUCCAGAGGAAGGACGUUGGCAAAUACCAGAUCACUGCCUCCAAUCCCAGUGGAACAAAGUCUGCCUGGACCAGGGUUGAAGUGAUGGAUGUACCUGGGCCUGUACUGGACCUGAAGCCAGUGGUUGUGACUCGUAAAUUGAUGAUGUUGAAUUGGUCCGACCCUGAUGAUGAUGGUGGCAGUGAUUUGACUGGUUUCAUUAUUGAGAGGAAGGACGCAAAGAUGCACACAUGGAGGCAGCCAAUUGAGACCCCCUCAUCUAAGUGUGAGAUUGUGGGCAUCGUUGAGGGACAGGAUUACAUGUUCCGCGUUGUUGCUAAGAACAAGUUUGGCUGUGGACCACCUGUGGACCUGGGCCCGAUUAAAGCAAUUGAUCCUCAAGGUCCACCAACCGCCCCUGAGAGGUUCCACUACACAGAGAGAACCAAGUCCUCCCUCAGUCUGGCCUGGAGACCUCCCCGUAAUGACGGUGGUAGUCCAAUCAUUGGCUACUGGGUUGAGAAGAAGAGGCAGGAUGCUGCGGCAUUCGAGCUUUGCAACAAAGAGAUGUGCACUGCUCUCACCAUGGAAGUAGAGGGUCUCGAAGAGCUGCUUUUGUAUGAGUUCCGAGCCAAGGCUGUCAACCUGAUCGGAGAGAGUGAGGCCUCCAUCACAAUGACGGUUGUGAUUCAGGAUGAUGAAGUGGCCCCCGUUGUGACAAUGUUGAAGGUCUUCAAGGGUGACAUCAUCACAGUUAAGAAGGGAGAGCCUAUUGAGAUCCCAGCUGAGGCUACUGGUCUCCCUCCGCCCAAGGUGGAAUGGUCCAAGGAUGAGGUCAUCAUUGCGGAGCCCACUGAGACACUUCUGAUGGAGACAAAGGAAGUGAACAGGAUGAAGGUUGACACCAAACUCAGCAUUCCUGUUGCUGCCAGGAAGGACAAGGGAACCUAUACCAUAACAGCUUCCAAUCGCUUGGGAAAUGCUAGUCAUACCAUCACCGUCAUGGUGCUUGAUCGCCCUCUGCCACCUAGGAACUUAGAAGUCUCCAACAUCAGGGCUGAGUCCUGUUACCUCCACUGGGAGGCGCCAUUGGACAAUGGUGGCAGUGAGCUGACAAACUACAUUGUGGAGAAGAAGGACAUCAACACAGAGAACCCAGAAGAGAGCUCUGACUGGGUGGAGGUCACAAACAGCAUCAUAGAGAAAAGAUUUGGGGUGUGGAACCUUAUAACAGGCAAUUCCUACCAGUUCCGCGUCAGAGCAGAGAACCGUUAUGGGAAGAGUGAUGCCUGUGAAUCAGAGGAGGUCCUGAUCAAGGAUCCCUUCGGUCUGCCAGGUCCCCCAGAAAAGCCCACCAUUGCAGAGUACUCCAAGACCUCCAUGGUGGUGACCUGGGAACCGCCUCUGGACAACGGAGGCUCUCUCAUCAGUGGCUACUGGCUGGAGAAGAGGGAAAAGGGCUCCUCUUACUGGGCACGUGUCAAUAAGUCACCUGUGACCAAGAGAGGCCUGAAGGGCUGGGAGUUCCAGGUGACUCGUCUAAAUGAGGGCCUGGAGUAUGAGUUCCGUGUCAUGGCCUGCAACUCUUCCGGUGUUGGACCCCCAAGUGGACCCUCAGACUCGGCCUUCGCAGUAGAUCCUAUAACUCCUCCUGGCAUGCCGGCUGCUCCAGUAGUGGCAGACAAGACAAAGCACAGUGUGACCCUGUCCUGGACUCCACCUGAGAAGGACGGAGGCAACCCUAUCAAGGGCUACAUUAUUGAAGCUCAAGAUGAGGGGACAACAGAGUGGUCCAGACUCACUGAUCCAGAAAACCCACACCCCACCACAGAAUUCACUGUGCCAGGCCUGAAGGAGCUGAAACUCUACCGCUUCAGAAUCAUUGCUGUCAAUGACAUUGGAGAGUCAGAUCCAAGCCCCAAGACCACUGAGAUCCUGGUGGAGGAGGUUCACGUGGAGCCUAAGAUCUUUGUGGAAGUGAGCGCUCAUGACCUGCUAUGUAUCCGGGCUGGUGCUCCCUUCAAAAUCCCAGCUGUCAUCAAGGGACGACCUGUUCCUAAGGUGACCUGGGAGUUUGAGGGACCAGCCAAGACCGAGAAGAAGAAUCGCCUCCACAUACUCCCUGUGGACUCAGAGAUUGAGUCUACUGACACCACCUCAGUCAUCACUGUCCCAGAGAGCAAGAGGAACCACUCUGGCAGGUUCACCAUCACAGCCAAGAACAAAGCCGGACAGAAACACGUCAAUGUCAGAGUCAACGUCCUUGACGUACCUGGACCUCCUAAGGUGCUGAGAGUGACAGACAUUGCCAGGGCAACCAUGAGGCUGAUCUGGAAGCUGCCAGAUAAUGAUGGUGGUGAGAGAAUAAAGAGCUACUUCAUUGAGAAGAAGACCUUGACCAGCAAAGCCUGGACCACAGUUAACCCUGCGUGUGCCAGCCAGGCCUUUGUGGUGCCAGACUUGCUGGAGGGACAGGAUUACCUGUUCCGCGUGCGGGCUGAGAACCGCCUGGGCUUCGGACCCUUCACUGUGACCACUGAGCCUGCCAGGGCCAGAGACCCCAUCUACCCCCCUGACCCUCCAACCCAUGUCAAGGUCAACCUUGUGACCAAGAACACCGUGACACUGACCUGGGUUCCUCCCAAGAACAAUGGUGGUGCUCCUGUCAAACAUUACAUCAUUGAGCGCCUGAGCUGGGACACCAGUGGCAAGGAGAAGGAGACGUGGAAACAAUGCAACAAACGUGAUGUGGAGGAACUGACCUUCAUUGUAGAGGACCUGAAGGAAGGUGGCGAGUAUGAGUUCAGAGUCAAGGCUGUGAACGAGGCAGGCCUUAGCAGGCCCUCUGCCACAGCUGGACCACUCGCCAUCAAGGACCAGACAUGUGCUCCAUCUAUCGAGUUAAGAGAGGCCCUGGACGGAGAGGAGGGAUGUGAUGUCAGCCUUGUAGCCAAAAUCCAGGGUUGUCCCUUCCCAACUCUAACCUGGCAGAAGGCCGCCCUGGAUAAGCCAGAGGAGAAGACUGCUGUUCACUAUGAUCAGCACGUCAACAAGUUGGUGUCUAACGACAAGUGUACACUGCUGAUCCAGCAGUCAAGGAGAGAUGACAGUUCCCUCUACACCAUCACUGCCAGCAACAGCCUGGGCACAGCCAGCAAGGAUAUUAAACUCACUGUUCUUGGGCGGCCUGGACAACCUGUUGGACCUAUCAAGUUCACUGAGGUGUUUGCAGAGAGGAUUGGGUUGUCAUGGAACCCACCCAAGGAUGACGGCGGCUCCAAAGUGACAAACUAUGUUGUUGAGAAGCGUGAGGAGAGCAGGAAGUCAUGGGUUCAUGUCUCCAACGACCCUAAAGAGUGUGCCUACAUCGUCCAGAGGCUAACAGAGGGACACGAGUAUGAGUUCCGCAUUAUGGCUCAGAACAAAUUUGGAGUUGGACCUCCACUGAUGAGCGAGCCUGAGAAAGCCAGGAAUCUUUUCACUGUCCCUGGCCAGUGUGAGAAACCCACUGUCACAGACGUAUGCCUGGAGUCCAUGAUCGUCAACUGGGAGGAGCCAGAGUAUGACGGGGGAUCAUCUGUGACAGGCUUUUGGCUGGAAAAGAAAGAGACCGCAAGCAAGCGCUGGACCAAAGUGAACCGUGACCAAAUCAGGAGCUCGCCUCUCGGUGUCAACCACGAAGUGACUGGUCUUCUGGAAGGAGCACUCUACCAGUUCAGAGUCAUUGCCAUCAAUGCAGCAGGGUGUGGCCUGCCCAGUGUGCCCUCUGACCCUAUCCUCUGCAGAGACCCCAUUGCUCCCCCUGGACCUCCAACACCCAAGGUGACAGACUGGACCAAGUCCACCGUAGAUCUGGAAUGGAUUCCACCUCUGAUCGAUGGUGGAUCUAAGAUCACUGGUUACUUUGUUGAGUUCAAAGAAGAAAAGAAAGAGGGAGAGAAAGAAAAAGAGAUUAAGGCAAUGUUGGAUGAUGGAGAGGAGAAAGAAGUGGAAGUAGAAGAGUGGGAAAAGGCCAAAGAUAAGGAGAUUAGAGGAACCAAGUUUGUGGUGAGUGGGCUGAAGGAGCUGGGUCUGUACCGGUUCCGAGUGAGAGCAGUGAAUGCUGCAGGAGUUGGUGAUCCUGGAGAUGUUUCUGAAGUCAUUGAGGUCAAAGACAGAACAAUUCCCCCAGAGGUAGACCUGGACGCCACAGUAAAGGAGAAGAUUGUGGUCCAUGCUGGUGGAACGAUUCGUAUCAUUGCCUAUGUGUCUGGCAAGCCGGUUCCAGAGAUCACUUGGAACCGUGAUAACACGGAUCUGCCUAAAGAGGCAGCUGUGGAGACCACAUCCAUCAGCUCUGCGUUGGUCAUUAAGAACUGCAGGAGACACCACCAGGGCAUCUACACACUGACUGCAAAGAAUGAAGGAGGCGAAAGGAAAAAGGCUGUUAUUGUGGAAGUGUUGGAUGUUCCUGGCCCAGUGGGUCUGCCCUUCUGUGGAGAAAAUCUCACCACUGACUCUUGCAAGCUGACGUGGUCUUCCCCUGCGGACGACGGUGGCUCUGCCAUCACCAACUACAUAAUUGAGAAGAGAGAGUCAGACCGUAUGGGCUAUACCUCUGUCUCCUACACUGUUACCCGCCACAAUGCUGUGGUCCAGGGUCUGCUGGAUCUUAAAGGCUACUUCUUCAGAAUUGCUGCUGAGAAUAUCAUUGGAAUGGGUCCUUUCAUCGAAACAGACAAAAUGGUCCUCAUUAAAGAUCCCAUCUCGGUCCCUGAGCGUCCUGAGGAUCUGGAAGUCACAUCUAUCAAGAAGGACUCCAUUAGCGUUGCCUGGAGACCGCCCAAGUACGAUGGUGGUGCUGAGGUCACCAGCUACGUGCUGGAGGCUCGUCUGAUCGGAAAGGACAACUUUUCACGCAUUUCAGAGGACCCGCUGAUGGACAGAAAGUUCGCCUACGUGGGGUUGAAGGAAGCCUCCACCCAUGAGUUCCGCGUUAGCGCAGUGAACCAGGUUGGUCAGGGCAAGCCCUCCUUCUGCACCAAGCCCAUCACUUGCAAGGACGAACUUGAACCUCCAACUCUGGACCUCGACUUCAGAGACAAAACUAUUGUGCGUGUUGGAGAUGCUUGCACUCUUCAGGGUCGUUACACAGGCAAGCCAGCACCCACCAUCACCUGGACCAAGAACGAUGAGGAGCUAAAGGCUGAGGAUGACGUCUCCCUCACCAACACCACAAGGACCUUGUGCCUGACCAUCGGCAAGGCUAAGCGUGAACACAGUGGCAAGUACACUGUAGCUGUGGAGAACAUCACUGGAAUACGCAAGGGAUUCUGCAACGUCACAGUUGUUGAUCGGCCCCAGCCUCCAGAGGGCCCGGUCGUGUUUGACGAGGUAUACAGGAACUACAUGGUGAUCUCCUGGAACCCUCCUCUGGAUGACGGCGGCUGUCCUAUCUCCACCUACAUUGUGGAAAAGAGAGACACCAACAGAGACCUGUGGAUGCCUGUUACAUCAUCAUGUACCAGGACCUCUUGUAAGGUUCCCAAGCUGAUUGAGGGACGAGAUUACAUCAUCAGGAUCUGCGCUCAAAACAUCUACGGCAUCAGCAACCCACUGCUGUCUGCUGAGACAAAGGCUAAGGAUGUCUUCAAGGUUCCAGAUGCUCCUACACAGCCUGUAGUGAAGGAGAUGUUCAAGGACACUGCCUUGCUGACCUGGAUCCCCCCUGCAGUUGAUGGUGGCAAGCCCAUCACCAACUAUGUCGUUGAGAGGAAGGAGACAAUGUCCACUAGGUGGAUACGUGCUGGCAAGGACCGCAUAUUCCCCACACCAGAGUACUGGGUGCCAGACCUCCUCCCGGGAUGUGAAUAUGAGUUCCGUGUCAUGGCAGAAAACGUUGUUGGAGUUGGCGAUCCUAGCCCUUCGUCUAAACCUAUCUUCGCUAAAGAUCCAAUUGUGAUUCCAAGCCCACCAGUGCUCCCUGAGGCCAUAGACAAUACCAAGGAGUCUGUCACUUUGUCCUGGCAACCUCCUAAGGACUGCGGCAGGGGAAAGAUCUUCGGUUACUUGUUGGAGUUCCAGAAAGCUGGAGAUGAGGAUUGGCAAAAAGUUAACCAAACUCCAGAUUCCUGCCAGGAGACCAAGUUCAAGGUGAUCAACCUGGAAGAUGGGUCCCUGUACCGCUUCAGAGUGACGGCUGUGAAUGCAGCUGGAGAGUCUGAAGCAGCAUACGUCAAAGAGCCAGUCAGAGCAAUGGACAGGCUUGAACCCCCGGAGCUCCUCCUUGAUGCUGGUAUGGCCCGUGAGAUCAAGGCCAUGGCAGGAACCCACAUCAGCCUGAUUGCUGGCAUCAAGGGUAUCCCCUUCCCCAAGGUCACCUGGAAGAAGAAUGAGGCAGACGUGCCUCCCAGGUCUGAGAUUGAGGUCAACCAGACAGGAACCAAGCUGCAGAUGCGUUACUGCAACCGUGAUGACUGUGGUGACUACACCCUAACUGUUGAAAACGCAGCUGGCUCCAAGACUGCCACCUGCACCGUGCUUGUCCUGGACAAACCUGGCCCUAUCCAGCACCUGAGGAUCUCUGAGGUGAGGAGCGACUCUGCCUACAUCUCCUGGAAGGACCCAGAAGACAAUGGUGGAGCUCGAAUCACCAACUUUGUGGUGGAGAAGAAGGAUGCAGCAGCCCCACAGUGGGUGCCUGUGUGCUCCUCCUCGAAGAAGCGCAGCAUGAUGGCCAAACAUCUGAUGGAGGGCACCUCCUAUUUCUUCCGUGUGGCCGCUGAGAAUCAGUUUGGCAGGAGUGAAUACAUUGAAACCACCAAAGCUGUCAAGGCCAUGAACCCUCUCUUCCCACCUGGACCACCAAAGGACUUGCAUCAUGUUGAUGUGGACAAGACAGAGGUGUGGUUGGUUUGGAACUGGCCAGAUCGCAAUGGUGGAAGCGACAUCUCAGGCUUCCUGGUUGAGUACCAAGAGGAAGGAGAGAGAGACUGGAUUAUCUUCAAGAAUGUCAGCAUCCCUGAGAGUCAUGUGACUGGUUUAGAGGAAGGAAAGACCUACAGGUUCCGUGUUAGAGCAGAGAAUGCCGUCGGCUUGAGCAGGCCUGACACCACUCUACCCGUCCUCUGCCAGGAGAAACUGGUGGCUCCUAUUGUUGAGAUGGAUGCCAAGCUUAUUGAGGGCAUUAUUGUGAAGGCAGGAACCACAAUCAGACUCCCAGCCAUAAUGAGAGGUAUUCCGGUACCUACUGCCAAAUGGUCAAUUGAUGGAACAGAGAUCACCACAGAGGGCAACAUCAAGGUUGACACUGACAACUUCUCCACUGUCCUGAGUGUCAAUGAAUGCACUAGAAACCACACUGGCAUCUAUCUCCUGACUGUGUCCAACCCAGCUGGUACCAAGACCCUCGCUCCGAAUGUGACUGUUUUGGAUGUGCCUGCUGCUCCCAUUGGACCAGUUAACAUCCUGGAGGUAACCCCUGAUUCCAUGGAGAUUGACUGGCGUCCACCUAAGGAUGAUGGUGGAAGUCCUGUCAUAAAUUACAUUGUUGAGAAGAGAGAGUCUAAGAAGGAGACGUGGGGAGGUGUGAGCUCUGGCAGCACAGCCACCCAGCUUAAGAUAACCCGUCUGCAGAAGGGGGUUGAGUAUGUGGUGCGUAUCCGUGCAGAAAACAAGAUAGGGAUUGGUGCACCUCUUGAGAGUGCACCAACUGUUGCACAGCACUCGUUUGAGGCACCUGCACAUCCAGGCAAACCAAACACAUCAGACAUAGCAGAGGAUGCUGUGACUGUGGGUUGGACCAUGCCACUAUGUGAUGGUGGUAGUCCCAUCAGUGGAUACAUCAUCGAGCGUCGACACAAGGGUGGAAAAUGGAUCCGUGUCAACAAGACUCCAUGCAAGGAUCUUAGAUACAGAGUACUGGGGCUCUUCGAGGGAAAUGAAUAUGAGUUCAGAGUUUUCGCUGAAAACAUUACUGGUUACAGUGGACCGUCUCCUUCCUCAGACCCAUGCAAACCAUGUCGUCCAAUCACAGUCCCUGGACCUCCAGUUAACCCUAGAGUCAAGGACUACAGCAAGUCAAAUGCAGAGCUGGUUUGGAUUAAGCCAAACAAAGACGGAGGCAGUCCCAUCCUGGGCUACAUUGUUGAAAUACAGAAAGCUGGUGCACCUGAGUGGGAGAAAGUGAACAAGGAUGAUAACAUUAAACUGUGUGCCUACACAGUGAAAGGUCUGGAAGAGGGCCUAGAAUAUAGAUUCCGUGUCAGGGCCUGCAACAUGAUAGGAGAUGGAGAAUCAAGAGACAUCCCUGAAUCCGUUGUUGCACAGGAUAUUCUCAUCCCUCCAGAGAUUGAAAUGGAUGCUACAUGCCGUGACCGUCUGACUGUCCGUGUCGGACACAACAUUAACAUUAUUGGCUAUGUGAAAGCCAGACCUGACCCUGAGAUCACCUGGAAGAAGGGCGAGACUGUGCUGGAGACGGAGAAGCGCACAACUGUUAUUCUCAACUUACCUGUUGUUCAACUGAAAAUCAAAGAGGCAACUAGGGGAGACCACGGCAAAUACAUUCUGAGGGCCAACAACUAUAGUGGUGAGGCCGAAGCUACAAUCACUGUGAAUGUUCUGGACAGGCCUGGACACUGUCAGAACCUAAAGUCAACAUAUGUGACCAAAUCAUCUUGCAUGGUAAACUGGGAUAACCCUGAGGACAAUGGAGGCUCGGAGAUCACCAAUUACAUUGUUGAAUGUCGUGAACCCAGCCAGAGGUUGUGGUCCAUGAUCUCCUCAGAUUGCUCAAACCGCAUGGUUAAAGCCAAACUUUUGGAGGGCCAUGAGUAUUUGUUCCGUGUUUGUGCUGCAAACAAAUGUGGCCUCGGACCAACCACUGAGACAAAAAUACCAAUCCUCGCUAUUGACCCCAUUGAGAAGCCUGGCGAGCCAGAGAACUUCCACAUUACUGACAUCGGAAAGAACCAUGUUUUCCUGAAAUGGAGAAAACCCGACUAUGAUGGAGGUAGCCCCAACAUUUCAUACAACCUGGAAUUUAAGACUAAAGAUGCCGAACAAUGGGAAGAAUUGAACCCUGAUCUUCUCACUAGCACAUUUUUCAUGGCUGACAAAUGCACAGAAAAACAGAUUUAUCAGUUCAGAGUGCAGACUUGCAAUGAGGGUGGAGAGAGCGCCUGGGUAAAGACUGGAGAUGUUCUUGUGAAGGAGGAUAUUCAGAAACCCGUGCUUGACAUGAAGAUGGUUGGCACUCUUGUGGUGAAGGCUGGUGAUUCCAUCAGGUUUGAAGCAGGCCUGAGAGGAAAGCCUCAGCCUGAGGUGAAAUGGGCAAAAGACAGGUCCACAGGAGACAACCCCAGGAUCACCAUAGAAACUGGCGCAGACUACUCCAAAUUCCUUAUGAUCAAAGCUAAGCGCUCAGAUACUGGAAAGUAUGUGGCCACUGCUACCAACUCUGCAGGAACAUUCACUGCAUAUGCUUCUGUCAAUGUUCUUGACAUCCCUGGAGCCGUGAGGGAUCUGAAGGUAUCAGGUAUCUCUGUAGACAAGUGCAGAGUGGUCUGGGAUCCCCCAGAGGAUGACGGCGGAUGUGAGGUCGACAGCUACAUUCUGGAGAAAUGUGAGACCAGGAGAAUGGUCUGGUCCACCUACUCUGCCUCAGUCGUCACCAACUACUGCAACGUCACUCGCCUGGUGGAAGGAAACGAGUACAUCUUCAGAGUGAGAGCAGAGAACAAGAUGGGAACCGGUCCAGCUAUUGAGAGCAAAAACGUCACUGCCAGGACUCAGUUCAACAGGCCUGGUCCCCCCGAGGCACCUGAGGUCACCAAGAUUGGCAAGGAGGAGAUGACUGUGGUUUGGGCUCCUCCUGAGAAUGACGGUGGCAAGUCCAUCACAGGCUACAUCCUGGAGAGGAAAGAGAAAAGAGCUGUUAAGUGGGUCCCAGUUACCAAGAGUCCCAUCUCUGAGAGACGCUUGAAAGUGACCAAAUUGAUCCCUAAUCAUGAGUACCAGUUCCGUGUCAAAGCAGAAAAUGAGGUUGGACUGGGAGAUCCAAGCAAACCAUGCAGACCAGUGGCAGCCAAAGAUCCAAUUGAACCCCCUGGUCCUCCUGGCAGUCUGAAGGUUGCAGACAGCACCAGGACGUCCAUUACCUUGGGCUGGGUCAAGCCUAUGUACGACGGUGGAGCUCCCAUCAUUGGCUACAUGGUUGAGAUGAGAAUCAAGAGUGAAAUUGACCCUGAAAAGCCAGAUGAAGGAUGGAAGAAGUGCAAUACUGGUGGGCAGCUGGUGCUUACCGAGUUUUCCAUUCAGAGUCUGGAUGAAAAGAAGGAAUACGAGUUCAGAGUUUCUGCUCAGAACCAGGUCGGUAUGGGCCGUCCUGCUACGCUAAAGGAAGCUGCUUCUCCCAAAGAGGUUCUGGAGGCCCCAGAAAUCGACCUAGAUGCCAGUCUGAGGAAGGGCUUCUCUGUUAGGGCAGGCUGUCCAAUCAGACUGUUUGCCACAAUCAGAGGCAGACCUUCCCCCAAGGUGACCUGGAAAAAGAUUGGGGUCGACAACGUCGUGAGAAGAGGUCAUGUGGACCAGAUUGAUACCAUGUCCUUCCUUGUCAUCCCUGAGAGCACACGGGAUGACUCUGGCAGAUACUCUCUGACUCUGUCUAACUCUGCUGGGGAGAAGGCCGUAUUUGUCCGUGUGAAAGUACUUGAUACCCCUGGUCCUGUUGGAGGCCUGGAGGGUACUGAUGUCACCAAGACGUCUUGUCAACUGGCCUGGUUACCCCCUGAUAAUGAUGGUGGCAGCCCCAUUCUGAAUUACAUGGUUGAGAAACGUGAAGUUGACAGGAAGACAUGGACGAAUAUCAUCAAUGACCUGAGGAAAACAAGUUUCAAAAUCACCAGUCUCACACCAGGCAUUGAAUACUACUUCCGAGUUAUGGCUGUGAAUAAGUAUGGCAUUGGCGUUCCACAAGACUCUCCCAAGUCUUAUCUGGCAGUUGAUCCUAUCAGUGAGCCUGACCCACCCAAGAAGAUGGAUGUGUUGGACAUUACCAAGAACAGUGCCACUCUGGGCUGGCUGAAGCCUCUAAGAGAUGGAGGAGCCAAGAUUAAUGGAUACGUUGUAGACUACCAAGAGGACGGCCAGCCUGAAGAUAAAUGGACACCAUACUCUGUGGUCAAAGAUAUGACAAUUGUGGUGGUUGGACUGAAGGAAAGCACAAAAUACAAAUUCAGGGUCGCAGCCAGAAACUCAGUUGGGGUCAGUCUUGCCAGAGAGGCUGAGGGAAUCUUUGAGAUCAAGGAACAGCUGUUGCCCCCGAAGAUCAUCAUGCCAGAUAUCAUCACAGCACGUGCAGGAACAAAAAUGGUGAUCGAAGCCAUAGUGUCUGGAAAACCUCCACCAUUCUGUAAAUGGAAACAAGGAAAUGAGGAUGUGCUGACAUCUGACCGCCUGUCUGUGCAAAAAACCACAACCACCUGUAUGCUGAUGAUCAAGAAUAUCACCAGGCAGGACAGUGGUUACUACAGUCUGUCUGCUGAAAACAGCACAGCCAGGAUCAACCAGAUCCUUAGAGUGGUCGUCAUGGACAUUCCUGGGCCACCUGAAGGUCCUAUUGAGAUUAGUGAGUGCGACAUCGAUGCCUGCACCCUCCUGUGGAACGCCCCUGCAGAGGAUGGUGGCACCAACAUUACCAACUACAUUAUAGAGAAGUGUGAUGUAUCCAGAGGAGAUUGGUUGACUGUUUCUGCUUCCUGCACUAAGACCAGUUUCAGGGUGACCAAGCUCACCCCUGGAAAGGAGUACAGCUUCAGAGUCCGUGCUGAGAACAGGUUUGGCAUCUCUGAGCCUAUCUACUCAGAGAAGUGGAUCGCCAGAUAUUCCUUUGACCCUCCAAGUGAGCCAAGGAAUCUCACCAUCAAAAAGAUCAACAAAGACUUUGUGAUCUUGAACUGGGAGAAGCCAUCAAGUGACGGUGGCAGCCCCUUGACUGGCUACUGCAUCGAGCGCAAGGAAAGGAACAGCCUGCUGUGGGUGAAGGCUAACGAGUCAGUAAUCCGUUCUUUGGAGUACACCUGCUUCGGCCUGAUCGAGGGUCUGGAGUACACCUUCAGAGUGUCAGCUCUGAACCAAGCUGGCCAGGGCAAACCUUGCAAACAGUCAGAGUUUAUCACCGCAAGAACUGCAGUUGAUGCACCUGGCAAGCCCGAGGCCAUGGAUGUUACCAACAACUCAGUCUCUUUGGUCUGGAGUCGUCCCAGACAUGAUGGAGGCAGCAAACUGAUUGGUUACUAUGUUGAGUUCAUGAAAAUCCCAGGGGAAACAUGGACUCGCUGCAAUGCCAACUGCCAGAAUGUCCAGAAGGAGGACUAUGUGGUGACAGGGCUGGAGGAAGGAAUGCAGUACCAGUUUAGAAUCUUUGCCAAGACUGCCAUCAACAUAAGUUCACCCUCUGAACUCUCAGACCUCAUCCCUGUGUUUGCUGAAAAUGUUCCACCUAGAAUUGACAGUGGCAUCAACAUGAAGAACUUAAUUGUGGUGAAAGCUGGAGCCAAUGUCUGUCUGGAUGCUGAGGUGUUUGGUAAGCCCCCACCCAAGGUCAGCUGGCAGAGGGAUGGUGCCCCCCUGGCCAUAGUAGAGGGCAUGAAAAGGACCCAGAAGAGACAUGUGCACCUCCUGGAGCUUUUCUGUGUCAGCCGAAAGGAGUCUGGAGACUACACUAUCCAUGCUGAAAAUAUUAACGGAUCCAAGUUUGCAAGCAUUAAGCUAAAAGUUCUCGACAAACCAGGCCCUCCUGCCUCAAUUAAGAUCGGCAAGGUGUUUGCUGACCGUGUCAAACUGAGGUGGGAACCCCCAGUGGCAGAUGGUGGGUCAGAGAUCACCAACUAUAUCGUUGAGAAACGAGAGACCAGCAGAGCAAACUGGGCCCUGGUGUCCUCCAACAUCCACGGCCAGCUCACAGACUGCACCGUAGAGAAACUUAUAGAAGGUCACGAGUACCAGUUCCGUGUGAGUGCUGAGAACCAGUAUGGCAUUGGAGACCCAAUCAUGACUGACCCUGUCAUGUCCAAGAACCCAUAUGAUGUCCCUGGACCUUGCGAUCCUCCAGUCAUCACCAAUAUCACUAGGGACCACAUGACUGUGAGUUGGAAGGCUCCUGCUGAUGAUGGUCGUGCUACUAUAUUGGGUUACAUGCUGGAGAAGCGUGAGUCUACUGAACUUACCUGGGCUAAGGUUAACCGCAAACCAGCGAUUGACAGGACUAUCAAGGCUGGUGGUCUGACAGAGGGUUCAGAGUACGAAUUCAGAGUCAUCGCCAUAAACAAAGCCGGUCUUGGAAAACCCAGUGAUGCAUCCAAUGCUGCCCUUGCGGUGGAUCCUGUAUACCCUCCUGGACCCCCUGCCUUCCCCAAGGUGGUUGACACAACCCACAGCUCUAUCAGCCUGAGCUGGACAAAGCCCGCCUAUGACGGGGGCUGUGAAAUCAUUGGCUACCUGGUGGAGUGUAAGAGAGUUGAGGCUGAAGACUGGAACAAGUGCAACGUUCCCCAGAAACUCAAGGAAACCAAGUUACUGGUUACGGGUCUCAUGGAUAGUACUGAGUACCAGUUCCGUGUAACAGCCGUGAACAAGAUUGGUUACAGUGAGCCCAGCGACGUCCCCGGCAACCACACGCCUAAGGAUAUCCUAAUUGCUCCUGAGGCAGAACUUGAUGCAGAUCUUCGCAAAGCACUGGUCCUCCGUGCUGGUGUCACCAUGAGACUUUACGUUCCUCUGAGGGGACGUCCUGCUCCCAAGGUCACCUGGUCCAAGGUGGAUGCCAACCUGAAGGAUAGACAGGGACUUAUGAUCAAGACCUCUGAAUGGGAUACUAUGAUGUACAUUGAAGAUAUAAACAGAUAUGACGCUGGAAAAUAUGUUCUGGCACUGGAGAACAGCAGUGGAUCAAAGUCUUACACUAUUGUUGUGAAGGUUCUAGAUUCACCUGGACCACCCCUUAAUCUGAUUGUAAAGGAGACCUCCAGGAGUCAUGCCUGCAUCACCUGGGAUGCCCCUCAGAUUGACGGAGGAAGCCCAGUAAAGAGCUAUGUUGUUGAGAAACGUUUAGCAGAGAGAAAGGCAUGGACUUGUGUUGCUGCAGAAAGCCCCAAGUCCUCCUUCAGGAUCACCAAUCUUGAGGCAGGUCAAGCCUACUGUUUCAGAGUUCUGGCUGAGAAUGCUUAUGGCAUUGGAGAUGGUUGUGAGACUGCAGGCAUGGUCAGAGCCUCAGAACAACCUGGGCCAGUGAUGGACUUCAAGCCACACCUCAUCACUAAAAACUCCUGCACCCUGGGUUGGAAGAGACCUGUCAGUGACGGAGGAAGUCAUGUCACUGCCUACGUAUUGGAGGUGAAUGAGGGAGAGGACAAGUGGAAGCAGCUCAUAAAGUCCAAGACCCCCACACAUAGUGUGACUGAUUUGGAGGAAGGGAAGGAGUACACCUAUAGAGUCAAGGCAGUCAAUGAAUCUGGAGAGGGCCCACCCACCGAUAUUGUGGUGCUGGCUAAAGACCAGAUAGUUCUGCCGGACUGUGACUUGAGCGCCUUGCCUGACCUGUGUUAUGUGGCAAAGGAGGGGAGCACCAUCCGUAUCCACAUCCCUGUCAUUGGAAAGCCCACUCCCUCCGUCCUGUGGAAGAAGGGUGACCUCACCUUAGGUGAUAGUGGCAGGAUGUCUGUGGAGACAUCUGGUGGCAUAACCACCCUGCUCAUCCGUGAUUGCCAGAGAGGAGAUGCUGAACAGUACACCAUCAAUGUGAGGAACAGUGGAGGAGUCAAAGAUUGUAAGAUUAAACUCAAGGUGGUGGGAAAACCAGGAAUACCAACAGGACCAGUCAAAUUUGAUGAGAUCACUGCUGAUGGCAUCAAUCUGGAGUGGGGUCCACCAAAGGAUGAUGGCGGUUCGGAGGUAUCCAACUACAUCGUGGAAAAGAGGAGGACCACAGACAGCAAGUGGGCUACUGUUGCCUCAGCUAUCCAGAAAAACGCCAUGAGAGUCACCAGACUUCAUGAUGGCAUUGAGUACAUCUUCAGAGUAUUUGCAGAGAACAAAUAUGGAAUUGGAGAGUGUCUCAGAUCUGACCCAGUGAUCGCUCAGCAUCCAUUUAAUGUGCCUGAAGCUCCAGCUCCUCCUGAGAUUGCAAGCAUUCGUCACGAGUCAGCCAUUCUGACCUGGGAGGAUCCUAAAGACACUGGAGGCUCCCCUAUUACUGGAUAUCAUGUUGAAUUCAAGGAAAGGAACAGUUUGAUGUGGAAGAGAGCCUCGAAGACCCCACUGAGGGCGAAGGAUUUCAGAGUGACUGGCUUGAUUGAGGGACUAGAGUAUGAAUUUAGAGUGAUGGCCAUGAAUAUGGCUGGGCUAGGAAAGGCAAGCAGGACCACUGAACCCAUGGUUGCUCUGGAUCCCAUUGAUCCUCCUGGCAAACCUGAUGUGAUAAACGUGACAAGAAGCAGUGUAACACUAAUGUGGACUCCCCCCAAGUAUGAUGGAGGACAUAAGCUGACUGGUUACAUUGUGGAGAAACUGGAGGCGGGAGAGAAGGCCUGGAUGAAGGCCAACCAUGUCAACAUUCAGGGCUGUGCUUUCACUGCAACAGAUCUCAUAGAGGGCUCAAGCUUGGAAUUCAGAAUAAGAGCAAAGAAUGCAGCUGGUGCUAUCAGCGCUCCCUCUGAGCAGACUGACACCUUGGUGUGCAAGGACGAAUAUGAGCCACCAACUAUCACCAUUGACCCUGAGAUGAAGGAAGGCGUGUCUGUCAGAGCCGGUGGCACCAUUGUGGUAUGUGCUGCCAGCAUCCUCGGAAAACCUCCACCCACCACUGUGUGGUCCAAGGCUGGAAGAGAGUUUAAGAAUUCAGAUACAGUCCAGAUCACCAGUACUCCUACAUCUUCCACACUGGCUAUUAAGUAUGCCAGCAGGAAGAACACUGGAGAGUACACCAUCACAGCCAGCAACCCCUUCGGUAUUAAGGAAGAACAUAUUAAGGUCAAGGUUUUGGAUAUUCCUGGACCUCCAGGCCCCAUUGAAGCCAGCAGCGUUUCUUCUGAGAAGUGUACAUUGACCUGGUUGCCACCAGAUGAGGAUGGCGGUUGCACCAUCAAGUCUUACAGUCUUGAGAAGAGAGAGACAAGUCGUCUACUUUGGACAAAACUGGCUGAAAACAUAAUGGACUGCAGAUAUGUUGCAAGCAAGCUGAUUAAGGGCAAUGAGUACAUCUUCCGUGUGUCAGCUGUGAAUCAGUAUGGCACUGGUGAUAGUUCUCUGUCCGGCCCAGUCAAAAUGGUUGAUAGCUUUGGCCCACCAGGCCCACCCUCAACACCAGAAGUCGACAAUGUGAGCAGGAAUGCUGUUACCAUUUCAUGGAAGAGACCAGUAGUGGAUGGCGGAAGUGACAUUAGAGGUUACAGUGUAGAAAGGAAAGAGAGAAAGGGUAUGAGAUGGGUGAGAGCUUGUAAGAAGACCGUCUCUGAUCUCCGCUACAAGAUCCAAGGCCUAAGUGAGGGAGUUGAGUAUGAGUUCAGAGUGACAGCAGAGAACAAAGCUGGCUUCGGAGUGCCCAGUGAGCCAUGUCAGCCUGUAAUGACCAAGGACAUUGUCUAUCCACCUGGACCUCCCUCCAAUCCAAGAAUUUCUGAUACAACUAGGACAACAGCCACCUUUAACUGGGGUAAACCUCACUAUGAUGGAGGCCUGGCUGUGGAUGGAUACAUUGUUGAGCACAAGAAAGCUGGACAUGAUGACUGGGAAACAGAUACAACCUCUCUGUUGAGAAUCACAGAAUUUGUGAUACCUAACCUUCAGAAGGGUGGCAAAUACCACUUCAGAGUCAGAGCAGUGAACUCAGAAGGAGUUGGGGAGCCAGCUGAGGUAGAGGAAGUCGUUGAACUGAUAGACCGUGAGACAAUUCCAGACUUUGAGCUUGAUGCUGAGCUGAGAAGAACCCUUGUUGUCAGAUGCCGUGGGUCCAUUCGUAUAUUUGUACCAAUUAAAGGCCGUCCAACUCCUGAGGUCACCUGGUCAAAGGACGACAUUCCUCUCAAGGGCCGUGCUCAUAUUGAUACAACAGAGUCAUACACUCUUGUGGUCAUUCCUGAUUGUACCAGAUAUGAUGCUGGAAAAUAUAACUUGACGUUGGAGAAUGUUGCUGGAAAGAAGACUGGAUUUGUUAAUGUACGAGUACUGGAUUCUCCAGGACCUCCAGUAAACCUGAAACCAAGAGAGAUUACUAAAAGUAGCAUCACACUUCAGUGGGAAAUCCCCAUUAUUGAUGGUGGAUCUAAGAUCCUUAACUACAUCAUUGAGAAGAGAGAUGCCACAAAGAAGGCUUACACAGCACUCACCACAACUUGGCAGAAAUGCUCCUACAAAAUUCCAGACCUGGUAGAAGGUGCUGAAUAUUACUUCCGCGUCUCUGCUGAGAAUGAACUUGGAGUUGGUGAGCCUGCAGAAACCCCAGAGCCAAUCAGAGCUUCCCAAGCCCCGACUGCCCCUGAAAAUCUUUAUGUCACAGAUGUAGCCCAGGACUCGGCCAGCCUUGCAUGGACAAAGCCAAACCAUGAUGGUGGCAGCAGGAUAACAGGAUACGUUAUUGAAGCACAGAAAAAGGACACAGAUCAGUGGGUGCAUGUGACAACUAUCAAGGCUCUUGACUAUGUAGUAACAGAGCUGACUGAAAAUGCCGAAUACGUAUUCCGCAUCAUGGCAGUGAAUAGCUCCGGCAGAAGUGACCCACGUGAGAGUAGACCUGCUAUUAUCAAAGAACAAACUGCUGCACCUUCAUUUGACCUGCGUGGAGUCUACCAACAGAUAGUCAUUGCCAAGGCUGGUGAUAAUGUUAAAGUGGAGAUUCCUGUUCUGGGUCGCCCAAGGCCUGCGGUUACAUGGAAGAAGGCGGAUCAGGACCAUGACCUCAAACAGACACAGAGAAUAAACACUGAAACAACAUCAACCUCAACUAUCAUCAACAUUGGUGAAAUCAAGAGGAAGGAUGGAGGUCAGUACUCUAUGACUGGGAAGAAUAUCAUUGGAACAGUGACAGAGACCAUUACUAUCCAAGUGCAUGAUAUUCCAGGCCCCCCCACUGGGCCGGUCAAAAUUGAGGAAGUUUCUUGUGACUACAUUCUGAUGUCCUGGGAGGGCCCUGAAAACGAUGGAGGCGUACCUAUUAACAAUUACAUAGUUGAGAUGAGGGAGACAACUGGCACAUCUUGGAUGGAGUUGGCAGCUACAGUCAUCCGUACAACAUUCAAGGCAGCUCGCCUCACAACUGGAGUUCAGUAUCAGUUCCGUGUCAAGGCCCAGAACAGGUAUGGCAUCGGCCCCUGUAUAACCUCAGAGGCAGUGGUGGCAGCAUAUCCAUUCGAUGUACCAGGACAACCAGGUAUUCCUCAAAUCACUGCAUUCAACAAGGAUGCCAUGACCCUCAGCUGGAAUGAGCCAUCUUCUGAUGGAGGCAGCCCAAUUUUGGGAUAUCACAUUGAACGAAAAGAGAAGAAUAGUAUCCUGUGGCAGAAGGUCAACAAAGCUAUUGUAGUAGGAAACAUUUUCAAAUCAACUGGCCUAGUGGAUGGAAUUGCAUAUGAAUACCGUGUUAUCGCUGAAAACAUAGCUGGCAUGAGCAAAGCCAGCAAAUCAUCUGAAACAACAUUUGCUUUGGAUCCUGUUGACCCACCAGGCCAACCAGUGGCAUUAAAUGUAACAAGACAUGAGGUGACUGUUCAAUGGACAAAGCCUGAAGGGGAUGGUGGAUUCUCAAUCACUGGGUACAUAGUGGAGAGAAGAGAACUACCCGAUGGACGUUGGCUCAAGGCCAAUUUCAGCAAUAUCCUUGAGACAAUAUUCACUGUCAGUGGUCUCACAGAGGAUUCUUCCUAUGAAUUCCGCAUUUUUGCACGAAAUUCAGCAGGAGCAGUCAGUAACCCAUCUAUACCUUCAGAGCCUGUCAUAUGCAGAGAUGAUAUUGAAGAGCCAAAGAUUGAAGUUGAUUCUUCCUUCAGCAGUGGAGUAGUAGUCAAAGCAGGAGAUGUCUUUAAACUUGAUGCCAGUGUCACAGGAAGACCACUGCCAUUGUUGGUAUGGACCAAAGAGGGCAAGGAACUUGAAGACACUGGAAAGUUAGAGAUCAAAUCAUCCGACUUCGCUACAACCCUAGUCAACAAGGAUUCUCUGAGAAGAGAUGGAGGUGCUUUCACAUUAACUGCCAGUAAUCCCGGUGGAUUUGCAAAGUUUGUGUUCAACGUUAAAGUUCUCGACAGACCUGGACCCCCCGAUGGCCCUCUUGCUGUUACAGAUGUCACUUCAGAAAAGUGCAUUCUUUCAUGGCUGCCUCCUUCUCAUGAUGGUGGUGGUAAGAUUGAGCACUACAUUAUUGAAAAACGUGAGACUAGCAGGCUGGCAUGGACCAACGUUGCAUCAGACUUACAAGUUAACAGAUUCAAGGUCUUAAAGCUGCUUAAGGGUAAUGAGUACAUCUUCAGAGUGAUGGCUGUCAAUAAAUAUGGAGUUGGAGAGCCUCUUGAGUCUGAACCAGUUGUCUCCACGAAUCCAUAUGUUCCAGCUGAUGCGCCACAAACUCCUGAAGUGACAACAAUCACCAAGGACUCUAUGGUUGUCUGUUGGGGACACCCAGAGAACAAUGGUGGAAGCAAUAUCUCCAAUUAUGUAAUUGAGAGAAGAGACAAAACAGGUCUGCGCUGGGUAAAAUGCAACAAGAGAACUGUGACUGACCUGAGAUUCAAAGUGUCUGGCCUCACACCAGGACAUGAGUAUGAAUUUAGAAUUAUUGCAGAAACGUCUGCAGGACUUGGUGCGCCAAGUGCCUCAAGUCCAUUCUACAAAGCUAUCGACACAAUCUUCCAGCCUGGACCCCCUGGAAAUCCAAGGAUCUUGGAUACAACAAAAUCCUCCAUUACACUUGCAUGGAACAAGCCCGUAUAUGAUGGUGGCUCUGACAUUACUGGAUAUGUUGUGGAGACCUGCCUCCCAGAAGAGGAUGAAUGGACCAUUGUCACUCCUAAGAAGGGCCUUACAGCGACCUCAUUUACAAUCACUAACUUGAAAGAGAAUCAAGAAUACAAAAUAAACAUUGCAGCUGUUAAUUGUGAGGGUAUUGGAGAGCCAGCGACAGUGCCUGGAUCACCCAAAGCAGAAGACAGGCUAGUUGCACCUGAGAUUGAUCUUGGUGCAGAACUCCGCAAAGUGGUCUGCAUCAGGGCCUGCAGCACAUUGAGGUUGUUUGUGCCUCUCAAGGGACGACCAGCACCUGAUGUGAAGUGGUCCAGAGAAAAUGGAGAGCCUCUGACAAAGGCAACCAUUGAUACCACCUCAUCAUUUACCUCUGUUCUCAUUGAGAAUGUGGACAGAUUUGAUGGUGGAAAGUAUUUGUUGACAGUUGAAAACAGCUCAGGCAGCAAAACAGCAUACGUGAAUGUCCGAGUUCUGGAUACACCCGGAGCACCACAGAACCUCAUCAUCAAAGAGAUUACCAGAGACUCAGUGUCUCUUUUGUGGGAUGCACCACUUAUUGAUGGAGGCUCCAGAAUCCGUAAUUACAUUGUGGAGAAACGUGAGUCUGCCAGGAAAGCAUACUCUACAGUUUGCGCUAGCUGCCACAAAUCCAGCUGGAAAAUUGGUGAUCUGGAAGAGGGAAAGAACUACUUCUUCAGAAUUCUGGCUGAGAAUGAAUAUGGUGUAGGCCUCCCAGCAGAGACAAUUGAGUCAAUCAAAGUGUCAGAGAAGCCACUUCCACCGGGCAAAGUUUCUCUCGGCGAUGUCACAAGCCACAGUGUUACUCUGUCUUGGGAAAAACCAGACCAUGAUGGAGGAAGCAGAAUUUCAGGAUACAUUGUUGAGAUGCAGGGCAAAGGAAGUGAGAAAUGGACACAGUGCAUGGUUGUUAAAGUCACUGAGGCCACUGUUGCUGGACUGACACAGGGUGAAGAAUACUUGUUCCGUGUCUCUGCAACUAAUGAGAAGGGAGUUAGUGAUCCUCGUCAGCUCAGCAUGCCUGUAGUAGCCAAAGACCUUAUUAUUGUUCCCACAUUCAAGCUGUUGUUCUCCACUUAUAGUGUGUUGGCUGGUGAUGACCUUAAGAUUGAUGUGCCUUAUUCGGCUCGUCCCAAAGCAACUGUGGCAUGGCUCAAAGAAGGUGUUGCACUCAAAGAAACAACUAGAGUAAAUGCAGCAACCACUGAUAAUCACCUCUAUUUAGUUAUCAAGGAGGCCAGCAGAGAAGAUGUGGGCAAUUAUACCAUCAAACUCUCAAACACAGCUGGCGAGGCAACAACAGACAUUGGAGUAGUUGUUCUUGAUAAGCCUGGGCCACCAACAGGCCCCAUUAAGUUAGAUGAGGUCACAGCUGACAGUGUCAUUCUAACCUGGCAGCCACCAGAGUAUGAUGGUGGAUGCACAAUUAAUAACUAUAUUGUGGAAAAGAGAGACACAUCCACCACAAACUGGCAGAUUGUGUCAGCAACAGUUGCAAGAACCACCAUCAAGGCUGCCCGCCUUAAGACUGGAUGUGAAUAUCAGUUCAGGAUUGCUGCUGAGAACAGAUAUGGAAAGAGCUCUCUGCUCGUCUCAGAGAAUAUCUUUGCUCAGUAUCCAUUUGACCUUCCAAGCACCCCCGGCACCCCAAUUGUAGUGGCUUCUACUAAAGAGAGCAUGGUCAUUGAAUGGACUAAGCCUGGUAGUGAUGGUGGAAGCAAGAUCUUGGGAUAUCACCUUGAGAGCAAAGAAAGGAACAGUAUCCUUUGGAUGAAACAAAAUAAGCAACUGAUCCCAGAGACACGGUUCAAAGCUGUUGGUCUUGAAGAGGGUAUUGAAUAUGAGUUUAGAGUUUAUGCUGAGAAUAUUGUUGGAAUCGGAAAACCCAGCAAGCUGUCAGAGAUUCAAGUGGCAAGAGAUCCAUGUGACAGUCCAGGAAGGCCUGAGGCUGUCAUUGUCACAAGAAAUCAAAUCACUCUCAAAUGGACAAAACCUGAAUCUGAUGGUGGAAGCAAAGUGACUGGAUAUAUUGUUGAAAAGAAAGAGCUUCCUGAGGGUCGCUGGAUGAAGGCCAGUUUCGCCAAUGUUAUGGAAACUAAGUUUGUUGUAACUGGUUUAGUUGAGGAGCAAGAAUAUGAGUUCCGUGUCAUUGCCAGAAAUGCUGCUGGGGUCUCUAGCAAACCCUCUGAGAGCACAGGAGCCAUCACUGCAAAGGAUGAGGUGGAUCCUCCCAAAAUAGACAUUGAUGCUAAAUGUUCACAGACAGUUGUUGUCAAUGCAGGAGAAGCCUUCCAGCUCAAUGCAAGUAUUCAUGGAAAACCAGUUCCUUCAGUCCACUGGAUGAAGGGUGGCGAGGAAAUAACAAAUGCAGCUCGUCUUGAGAUAAAGAACACUGAAUUUACAGCUAAUUUGAGUGUUAAAGAAGCAAUCCGUGUUGAUGGAGGUCAGUAUGUACUUUUACUGAGAAAUGUUGGUGGAGAGAAAUCUGUCAACAUCAAUGUCAAAGUUCUAGACAGACCUGGUCCCCCUGAGGGCCCUAUCUCUAUCUACGGUGUCACAAGUGAAAAGUGCUGCAUUUCCUGGAAACCACCCCAACAAGAUGGAGGCAGUGAUGUUUCUCAUUACAUUGUUGAGAGGAGAGAGACAAGCAGAUUGGUCUGGACUGUAGUUGAACCCAAAGUACAAACCCUAAAUUUGAAGAUCACCAAACUUGUUCCUGGUAAUGAAUACAUCUUUAGAGUCAUUCCUGUGAACAAAUAUGGAAUUGGUGAACCUCUCGAGUCUGAGGCAGUGAUUUCCAGAAAUCAAUUUGUAGCACCGGGCCCUCCAACUGAGGUUGACAUCUCUACCAUAACUAAAGAUUCAAUGGUAAUAACCUGGGAAAGGCCCACAGAGGAUGGUGGCAAUCCCAUCAGUGGAUUCGUUGUUGAAAAACGAGACAAAGACGGUGUUAGAUGGACAAGAUGCAACAAGCGCACAGUGUGUGAGUUGCGCUUCAGAGUAACUGGUCUCCUUGAAAAUCACAGUUAUGAAUACAAAGUUUCUGCUGAAAAUGCUGCUGGAGUUGGAACACCAAGUGCACCAACAAUAUACUAUAAGGCUCUGGAUCCCACCUUUAAACCAGGGCCUCCGAAUAAUCCCAAGAUAACAGACACAUACAGGACAUCUGUUGAUCUGUCCUGGGCCAAGCCUAUUUAUGAUGGUGAUUGUGAGAUUCAAGGAUACAUUGUUGAGGCCUGCGAUGUAGCAGCUGGUGACUGGGUAAUGUGUACUCCCCCAUCAGGCAUCAAGGAGACCACAUUUAAAGUAACCAAACUUCUGGAGAAGCAUGUGUACCAGUUCAGAGUAUGUGCCAUCAACAAAGUUGGUGUUGGGGAGCAGGCAGAUUUCACAGGAAAAAUCCUUCUGGAGCAAAAACUGGAGGCACCAGAUCUAGAUCUUGACGCUGAUCUCCGAAAGAUGAUCAACAUCAGAGCUGCAAGCACUCUCAGACUUUUUGUUCCAGUAAAGGGACGCCCAGCUCCUGAACUCAAGUGGGGCAAGACUGAUGGGGACAUAAAGGAAACAGCCCAGAUUGACAAUACAGGCAGCUAUGCCUCACUCAUGAUUGAAAAUGUUGAUAGGUUCGAUAGCGGCAAGUACACUCUUACUGCAGAGAAUGGCAGUGGAGUAAAGUCUGUCUUCCUUAGUGUCAGAGUUUUGGAUUCACCUAGUGCACCUGCCAAUUUCACUGUGAAGGAGAUCACUAAAAGCUCUAUAACUCUAACAUGGGAACCCCCAACACUGGAUGGUGGCUCAAAGAUCAAGCACUACAUUUUAGAAAAACGAGAGAGCACAAGGAAAGUGUAUUCCCCUGUCACCAUUUGUAACAGGAUGUCAUGGAGGAUUGAACCACUUCCAGAGGGUGGUAUCUAUUUCUUCAGAGUCUUGGCAGAGAACGAAUGGGGCGUUGGGUUGCCUGCAGAGACCCCUGAGCCAUUGAAAAUCUCAGAAGUGCCUCAACCCCCUGGUAAAGUCAGUGUUGUUGAUGUCACACGCAACAGUGUCGCCCUAUGCUGGGAGAAACCCAAUCACGAUGGAGGCAGCAGAAUCAGCUCUUACGAGGUUGAAAUGCAGGCCAAGGGCAGUGAGACAUGGACUGUCUGUGCUCAGGUAAAAUCACUUGAAACUGUUGUCACUAAUCUGGCUGAAGGGGAGGAGUACACAUUUAGGGUCAGUGCUGUCAAUUCCAAGGGCAAGAGUGACCCAAGACUUUUGGCCAAUCCAGUGGUGGCUAAGGACCUUGCUAUUGAACCUGCUAUUAGACCUAAAAUAAGCAACUAUAGUGUACAGGUUGGGUAUGACCUGAAGAUUGAAGUGCCUAUUGCUGGUCACCCUAAACCCGUUAUUACAUGGACAAAAGAUGGUGUUGCCUUGAAACAAACCACAAGAGUUAAUGUCAUUGACAGUGCACACCACACAACUCUCUCAAUUAAAGAGGCAACACGAGACGAUGGUGGUAUGUAUGGCAUUAAUGUGGCUAAUGCUCUUGGACAGAAAGAUGCAACCAUUGAAGUUAUCACCCUUGAUAAACCUGGGCCGCCUACAGGCCCAAUCAAGAUGGAAGAAGUCAGUGCGGAAAGCAUCACACUUGUCUGGGAACCUCCAACAUACACAGGUGGCUGUCCGAUUUCAAAUUAUGUUGUUGAGAAGAGAGAUACAACCACUACAAACUGGGUUGUAGUUUCUGCCACUGUAGCCAGAACUACAUUGAAAGUUUCCAAUUUGAAAACUGGUGCUGAAUACCAAUUCAGGAUCUGUGCUGAAAACAGAUAUGGCAAGAGCUAUGCCAUUGACUCAGAGCCGGUCCUUGCCCAGUAUCCCUUCAAAGAGCCAGGUCCACCAGGCACACCCUUUAUAUCCUCCUACACUAAGGAUUACAUGGUUGUGGAAUGGCACAAACCCCUGUCUGACGGAGGCAGUGUUAUUCUCGGCUACCACCUUGAGAGAAAAGAAAAGAACAGCAUCCUCUGGACAAAGAUCAAUAAAUCUCUGAUCCAAGAUCCAAGAUACAAAUCUACACCUUUGGAGGAGGGAAUUGAGUAUGAGUACAGAGUGGCUGCAGAGAAUAUUGUUGGCAUUGGCAAAUGUAGCAAACUCUCUGAGGGGUGUGUGGCACGUGACCCCUGUGAUCCUCCGGGCACACCAGAAGCUAUCAUUGUAUCCAGGCACUCCGUCAAACUGAGAUGGACUAGGCCACAGUAUGAUGGUGGAAGUCUGAUCACUGGAUACGUUGUUGAGAAACGCGAUCUCCCAGAAGGAAAGUGGAUGAAGGCUAGUUUCACAAAUAUCCUUGAAACAGAAUUUACAGUUCUUGGCUUGACUGAAGACUGUAUGUAUGAUUUCAGAGUCAUUGCUAGGAAUGGAGCUGGAGCUAUCAGUAAGCCCUCUGAGAGCACUGGUUCCAUCACAGCAAAGGAUGAGGUUGAGACACCAAAAUGUGAAGUUGAUUCCAUGUACAACCAAGUGAUUGUUGUCAAUGCUGGGGAAACAUUUACACUUGAGGCAAGUGUCGAAGGAAAGCCGAUACCCACUGCUCAGUGGUUCAAAAGUGAUGCUGAAAUUGAAAACUCCGCAAGAUUGGAGAUCAAGAACACUGAUUUCAAGGCAGUGGUUGUUGUUAAGGAUGCUAUUAGAGUAGAUGGUGGCCAAUACACAUUGCUUCUGACAAAUGUCGCUGGUAAAAAAUCAGUAUCAUUCAACGUGAAAGUGCUGGACAGACCAGGACCCUCUGAAGGACCCCUCACCAUUGGCAAUGUCACAUGUGAGAAAUGUUCUCUUUCUUGGCUUCCACCCAGACACGAUGGUGGUGCUAGUAUUUCCCAUUAUAUCAUUCAAAAGAGAGAGACCAGUCGUUUGGCUUGGACUUUGGUUUCUGGUGAUUGUGGAGCAACAAUGUUUAAAGUCACCAAGCUUCUUAAAGGAAAUGAAUACAUCUUCCGUGUCAUGGCAGUCAACAAAUUUGGUGAUGGUGAACCUCUGGAGUCAGCCCCAGUCAUAAUGAGAAAUCAAUUUGUUCCUCCUGGUGCUCCUCAAGAGCUGGAGAUCACGAAUGUUGCUCGAGAUUCCAUGACUGUAUGCUGGACCCGUCCAGAGGCGGAUGGAGGAAGCGAAAUUGCUGGCUACAUUGUAGAGAAGAGAGACAGAGCAGGAGUCAGAUGGACUAAAUGCAACAAACGCAGAGUUACAGAUCUCCGUUUCAGAGUAACUGGUCUGACAGAGGAUCAUGAGUAUGAAUUCAGACUCUCAGCAGAAAAUGCUGCAGGAGUUGGCCAACCAAGUCCAGCCACUCCUUAUAUUAAAGCCUGUGAUCCAACAUUUGAACCCGGCCCCCCCACUAACGCCCAUGCGGUUGACACUACAAAGAACUCCAUAUCACUUGCCUGGGGCAGGCCCAUCUAUGAUGGUGGCUGUGAUAUUCAGGGUUAUGCUGUGGAGAUAUGCAAAGCUGAUGAGGAGGAAUGGACUAUAUGCACCCCACCAACUGGAUUGAAUGCAACUAAAUUUGAAAUUACCAAACUUAUUGAACAUCAGGAGUAUAAGAUACGAGUAUGUGCCAUGAAUAAGUUAGGUGUGGGUGAGCCUGCAGAGGUUCAAGGAACAGUAAAACCAGCUGAUACAAUUGUUCCCCCAGAGAUUGAGCUGGAUUCAGAGUUGAGGAAAGGAGUCGUUGUACGUGCAGGAGGAUCGAUGAGAAUAAAUAUUCCAUUCAGAGGACGCCCUGUCCCAGAAAUUAAUUGGUCUAAGGAUGAGGGUGACCUACCUAGUAAAACUCAAAUUGAGAGGGGUGCAGAUUACACACAAUUGUCAAUUGAUAUCUGUGACAGAAACGAUGCAGGAAAAUACAUUCUGGCCCUGGAAAACAGUGCUGGUUCAAAAGCCGCUUUUGUCUCUGUUAGAGUGCUUGACACACCAGGAGCGCCACUGAACUUUACAGUAAAAGAAAUCAAGAGGGAGUCUGUCAUUCUUACUUGGGAGGCCCCACUGAUUGAUGGUGGAGCAAGGAUUAAGAACUAUAUUGUGGAUAAGCGUGAAUCAACCAGGAAAGCCUACUCCAAUGUCAAUAACAAGUGCACAAAGACCAGUUUCCGUGUGGGAGGUCUCACUGAGGGAGCUAUCUACUACUUUAGGGUCAUGGCUGAGAAUGAGUUUGGAGUUGGUCUGCCAGCUGAAACACUGGAUGCAGUGAAGACGUCAGAGGCACCUCUGCCUGUGGGAAAGAUCACUCUAACUGAUGUAACCAAGACCACUGCUUCCUUCUCAUGGGAGAAACCAGACCAUGAUGGUGGCAGCCGAAUCAUAGGAUACUACAUUGAGAUGCAGCCCACAGGAUCAGAAGAAUGGAUGGUAGCGACAACCACAAAGACUUGUGAAGGAACCGUCACAGGCCUCAGUUCAGGGCAGGAAUACCUCUUCAGAGUGUCUGCCUUCAACGACAAGGGAAAGAGUGAUCCCAGGCCACUAGCGGCCCCUGUCACAGCCAAAGAUGUUACUAUUGAGCCCCAGUUCAAAAUGGCUGCCAACACAUACAGUGUGCAAUGUGGGGAAGAUCUGAAGAUAGAAAUACCCGUAAUAGGUCGCCCUGCACCAAAGAUAGCAUGGGCUAAGGAUGGACAAGCAAUUAAAGAGACAACCAGACUUAAUGUCUUAAGCACAGCAUCAGCAACAUCUCUUCGUAUCAAAGAGUCUAACAAAGAAGAUUCCGGCAAGUACUCCAUCACAGCAACCAGCAGUGCUGGUACAGCCACAGCGGACAUUUCUAUUGUGAUUCUUGAUAAACCAGGUCCACCCAAAGGGCCUGUGAAUAUUGAUGAAGUUAGCUCUAACUUUGUAACAUUGUCCUGGGAAACACCUGAGUACACCGGAGGUUGUCAGAUCAACAAUUACGUUGUUGAGAAGCGUGACACCACAACCACAACAUGGCAGAUAGUGUCUGCCACUGUGGCAAGAACAACCAUCAAAGUUUGUAGACUGAAGACUGGUGUUGAAUAUCAGUUCAGAGUGUCUGCAGAGAACAGAUAUGGAAAGAGUCCAUCAUUGGAUUCUGCAACUGUCGUUGCUCAGUAUCCUUUCAGUGAGCCGGCUGCACCUGGUACUCCAUUUGUCUCAUCAGUUACAAAAGACUACAUGGUUGUGGAGUGGAAACCACCAGCCAACAACGGAGGUAGUCCUGUCUUGGGCUACCACCUUGAACGCAAAGAGAAAAACAGUCUCCUCUGGACAAAGUUGAACACACUUCUUAUCCCUGAUGCUCGAUUUAAAACAUCUGAACUUGAAGAGGGCAUUGAAUAUGAAUUUAGAGUAUAUGCUGAAAAUAUUGCUGGCUUGAGUCCAUCGAGCAAGGUUUCACAAUGCUGUGUGGCUAGAGAUCCCUGUGACCCACCUGGCACCCCUGAGGCUAUUGUCAUCACCAGGAACCAUGUCACCCUGCAGUGGACAAGGCCCCAGUAUGACGGUGGAAGCGCCAUAACAGGCUAUAUUGUUGAGAGGAAAAAGCAUCCUGACAACCGUUGGAUGAAGGCUAGCUUCACAAACAUAAUUGAAACACAGUUCACUUACUCUGGCAUGACUGAAGACAAGGUGUAUGAGUUCAGAGUCAUUGCUAGGAAUGCAGCUGGUAUUUUCAGCGCGCCUUCUGAGAGCACUGGAGAGAUUACUGCUAAAGAUGAAAUUGAAGCCCCGGAUGCAACAAUGGAUCCUAAAUUCAAGGAUGUAACUGUUGUUCAUGCGAGUGAGACGUUCAUUAUUGAUGCUGAUUACUCUGGAAAACCUCUACCUGAUAUAAUGUGGCUGAAGGAUGGAAAAGAGAUAGACAAUGCUACCCCAAGAAUGGAAGUCAAAACAAGCCUCACACGUACAGUGCUGACAGUUAAGGACUGCAUCAGGGUAGAUGGUGGACACUUUGUCUUGAGCCUCACCAAUGUUGGUGGAAAAAAGUUGAUACCAGUUACUGUUAAAGUACUGGAUAGGCCUGGUCCUCCCGAUGGCCCUCUGAAGGUAACUGGUGUCACUGCAGAGAAAUGCUAUCUACAUUGGAGUCACCCCUUACAUGAUGGUGGUGCAAGUGUUUCUCAUUACAUCAUUGAGAAGAGAGAAACCAGCCGACUUUCAUGGACAGUAGUUGAACCCCAAAUCCAAGCUGUCAGCUACAAAGUAACCAAACUCCUGCCUGGCAAUGAAUACAUUUUCAGAGUCACUGCAGUGAAUAAGUAUGGCAUUGGAGAGCCUCUGGAAUCUGACCCUGUAAUUGCACGCAAUCCUUUCAAGGCACCCAGUGCUCCCUCCACACCAGAGCCAAGCUUUAUAACACGUGACUCAAUUGUGCUCGUUUGGGAACGCCCAGAGAAUAAUGGUGGUUCAGAGAUUGAUGGCUAUGUCUUGGAGAAACGUGACAAACAGGGAGUUAGAUGGACUAAAUGCAACAAGAAGAGACUAAAUGACCUUCGGUUCAGAGUCACCGGACUCACAGAAGGCCACUCUUAUGAGUUUAGAGUAUCUGCUGAGAAUGCAGGUGGUGUGGGGGUACCCAGUAAAACAACAGAGUACAUCACUGCCUGUGAUGCCACAUAUCCACCUGGUCCUCCUAACAACCCCAAAGUGACAGACACCUCUAGUACCAGUGUGUCACUCUCGUGGUCGAGGCCCAUCUAUGAUGGUGGAGCAGCCAUCACCGGAUACGUAGUGGAGGUGAAAGAGGCAUCGGUAGAAGAUGAAUGGCUUGUGAGCACACCACACACUGGUGUUCAAGCCACACAUUUCACAGUGAAAAAACUAAAGGAAAAUGCUGAAUAUAAUUUCCGCGUCUGUGCUGUUAACAUUGAGGGAGUUGGAGAGCAUGUGGACUUGCCAGGAACUGUGAUUGCAGCUGAAAGACUUGAUCCCCCUGAGAUUGAGUUGGAUUCUGACCUAAGGAAAAUGGUUUCAGUUCGUGCCAGUGCAACCCUCCGUCUGUUUGUCCCAAUCAAAGGAAAACCUGAGCCUGAAGUCAAAUGGUCAAAGGCUGAAGGAUCUAUCAGUGAGCGAGCCCAAAUAGAGGUGACCAGCUCUUACACAAUGCUCGUCAUUGAUAAUGUCAACAGAUCCCACACGGGCAAGUAUGUGUUGACCCUGGAAAACAUCAAAGGUUCAAAGUCAGCAUUCAUUAAUGUCAGAGUGUUGGAUUCACCUAGUGCACCUACCAACUUUGUGGUCAAGGAUGUGAAGAGAGACUCUGUUGCCAUCUCCUGGGAACCCCCACUCAUUGAUGGUGGAGCCAAGAUCACACAUUACAUUGUGGAAAAGAGGGAAACUGCUAGAUUGGCAUUUACAAGUGUUUCUAACAACUGCGUAAGAAAUUCAUAUAAGAUUGAUGACCUUGUAGAGGGUGGUGUCUACUUCUUCCGUGUUCUGGCCGUCAAUGAGCUGGGUGUAGGACUGCCUGUUGAAACAGCAGAGCCUAUUAAGGUUUCUCAGGCCCCUUUACCUCCUGGCAAAAUUACUCUAGUAGAUGUAACUCGCCACACUGUGAGUCUUUCAUGGGAUAAACCUGACCAUGAUGGUGGCAGCAAGAUCCAAUGCUACAUCGUAGAGAUGCAACUUAAAGGUGAAGAUAAAUGGACUGUGUGCACUGAGAUGAAAGCACUGGAGGCAACUGUCGAAGGCCUCACCUCAGGAGACGAAUACUCAUUUAGGGUCAUUGCUGUAAAUGACAAGGGAAGGAGUGAUCCCAAACCCCUAGCAACACCUGUUGUGGUGAAGGACAUUACAAUCGAACCAGUGAUUAACCUGUUAUUCAACACAUACAGUGUUAAGGCAGGAGAUGACCUGAAGAUUGAUGUUCCAUUUAGAGGCAGACCUGAUCCUGAAGUUUCAUGGAAAAAAGAUGGUCAUUCUUUGAAGCAGACCACCAGGGUGAAUGUUUUGACAUCUAAAACGUCAUCCAAGAUUACUAUCAAAGAUGCAACCCGGGAAGAUUUUGGAAAAUAUGAGAUCACUUUAACCAACUCAAUUGGCACAAAAUCUGCCAGAAUAGCUGUUAUAAUCUUGGACAAACCUGGCCCACCAAGUGGAAUAAAGGUAGACGAAGUUAGUGCUGACUUUAUUUUACUUUCAUGGGAGCCUCCAACCUACGAUGGUGGAUGUCAAAUUAAUAACUAUGUUGUGGAGAAGAGAGACACAACUUCCACAACAUGGCAGAUUGUCUCAGCUACAGUUGCCAGAACAUCAAUUAAGGUUUGCCGCUUGACACAGGGCACUGAAUAUCAGUUCCGUAUUGCAGCAGAGAAUCGCUUUGGUAAGAGCCAUGCCAUUGAUUCUGCACCUAUAGUGGCCCAGUAUCCAUUUGAGCCACCUGGCCCUCCAGUAAACAUUCAUGUUUCCCAUGCCACAAAGUCUGGCAUGCUGGUUGAGUGGAAUAAACCAGCCAGUGAUGGUGGAAGUCCCAUAAUUGGUUAUCACCUUGAGUGUAAAGACCAAAGCAGUAUUCUGUGGACCAAGAUCAACAGAGGUCUCAUUGCGGAAAAUCAGUUCAAAGCGACAGGCAUUGAGGAAGGCCUGUUGUAUCAGUACCGUGUAUAUGCUGAGAACAUUGCCGGAAUUGGACCCAGCACAAAGCCAUCGGAGCCUGUAGCGGCAAGAGACCCAUGUAAUCCUCCAUGCAACCUCACAGUAACUAAUAUUACCAGAACAUCAGUAUCACUUUCAUGGGAAAGGCCAGAGUUUGACGGUGGAGCCAAAAUUACAGGUUACAUUGUUGAGCGCAAAGAGCUUCCUGAUGGUCGUUGGCUGAAGUGCAAUUUUGCUAAUCUCCAAGAGACAUACUUUGAUGUUACUGGCUUGACGGAGGAUGUACAAUAUGACUUCCAUGUCAUUGCCAAGAAUGCAGCUGAGCUCCUUAGUGUACCAUCAGAGGGCACAGGGGCAGUCACUGUCAAAGAUGAUGUGGAUCCCCCCACUGUCAUCCUUGAGGACAAAUAUAGACAAUUGGUGGUCGUCAAAGCUGGAGAAAUUUUGAGUAUUGAGGCAGAUCUCACUGGCCGUCCACAUCCUGUUGUGUCAUGGACAAAGGAUGGAAAAGAGAUUGAUGCCAAAGCAAGAGUGGAAAUUAUAUCCACAAACACCCACACCACAUUACUUGUCAGAGAUAGCAUCAGAAGAGACUCUGGCCAGUACGUUUUGACUCUACAGAAUGUGGCUGGAACCAGGUCCAUGGCUGUGAAUUGCAAAGUUUUGGACCGUCCUGGGCCUUCAUCUGGACCUUUGGCAGUGUCCGGCCUCACAGCUGAAAAAUGUACCAUUACCUGGGGACCACCCCAAGAAAACGGUGGGGCUGAAAUCAUGCACUACAUUGUUGAGAAACGUGAAACCAGUCGCCUGGCCUGGACUUUAGUAUAUGGUGACAUGAAGGCCACCACAUGCAAGGUCACUAAACUGUUGAGAGGAAAUGAGUACAUUUUCAGAGUGAGGGGAAUAAAUAAGUAUGGUGAUGGUGAGCCCCUGGAGAGUGAUCCCGUUACAGCUAGGGAUCCCUUCACCAUCCCUGUUGCACCAACAGAUGUCCAGGUGACCAGUGUGACAGGCGAAGCGAUGACCAUCUGCUGGGAAAGGCCUGUCUCUGAUGGAGGAAGCAGCAUCUAUGGCUAUGUGAUUGAAAAACGAGAGAAGACUGGACUUCGUUGGGUGCGUGUGAACAAAAAGCCUGUUUAUGACCUUAGGGUCAAAGCAUCCAACCUGCGUCAGGGGAGUGAAUAUGAGUACAGAGUCUAUGCUGAAAACGCAGCAGGACUAAGUGCCCCAAGCAUACCGUGCCCACUGACCAAAGCAGAGGACCCACUGUUCCUGCCAUCCCCACCAGCUAAACCCAAGGUGAUCGACUCAACCAAGUCCACUGUCACUCUGACAUGGAACAAGCCCCUGUUUGAUGGUGGUGCUGCUGUGAAAGGUUACCGUGUUGAAUACAGGAAUACCAUGGAAGAGGACUGGAAUGUUGGUGUUCAGAACACAAAGAACACUGAAUUCACAGUUGUGAAGCUUACACCUGGAGCAGAGUAUGUGUUUGUUGUUAAAUCCAUAAACAAGAUUGGGGUCAGUGAACCCAGCCCUCCCACUGAUCCUCAGGUAGCAAAAGAAAGAGAGGACGAGCCAGUAUUUGACAUCAGCAAUGAUAUGCGGAAGACACUUAUGGUCAAGGAUGGCAGUUCAUUCACCAUGAAGAUACCAUUCAAGGGGAAGCCGGUUCCUAAUGUCAUGUGGAACAAGGCAGAUGUGGACCUAAGAGUGAGGGCAAUCAUCGAUACUACAGAUACAUUCACAUCUAUUACAGUGGAAAAAGCAACUCGUGAUGACUCUGGAAAAUACACAGUGACAUUGCAGAACACCGCUGGAACAGCCACACUGACACUGAAUGUUAGGGUUCUGGACUCCCCUGGCCCACCAUCUCAUGUUGAGAUCAAGGAGGUCACCAAGACAUCUGCAACAGUCACCUGGGACACCCCCGAGAAUGAGGGUGGCGGAGCUGUCAAGAACUACCUUGUUGACCUGCGUGAGGCAAGCAAAAAGGGAUGGACCAGAAUCACAGAUACAUGCCACCGACUGACUUACAAGCUGUCAGACCUUGUAGAGGGAGGCGUCUACUACUUCAGAAUCAUUGGUGAAAAUGAAUAUGGAAUUGGUGUACCCGCUGAGACUAAAGAGGGAACCAAGAUUACAGAAAAACCAAGUCCACCACCUAGUAUGGGUGUCACUGAUGUCACCAAGGACAGUGUGUCACUGUUGUGGAGCAAGCCAGAGCAAGAUGGUGGCAGCAGAAUCACCAGUUACCAGGUGGAUGCUCUGGAAAAGGGGGAGACAAAAUGGGUGACAUGUGGCGUGACCAAGACUACCCACCUUGUUGUCUCUGGCCUGAGGGAGAACGCUGAAUACUUUUUCAGAGUCCGUGCUGAGAACCAUGCUGGAUUCAGUGAAUCUAAGGACAUGAUUUUGCCUGUGAUGGUUAAAGAUCAGUUUGAAUCACCUGAAUUAAUCAUGAAGAACAUCCCUCAUAAUACUGUCUACGUUAGAGCUGGAUCCAACUUGAAGGUUGACGUCCCCAUGACUGGCAAACCUCUGCCCAAGGUGUCUCUGUCUAAGAACAAUGUGGUUCUGAAGUCCACAAUGAGGUUCAACUCUGAGAUCACCCCUGAUAGUAUUAAAAUCACACUCCGUGAUAGUAUUGCUGGAGACUCUGGAAGAUAUGACAUUACUGCCUCCAAUGCCAGUGGUACCACCAAAUCUUUUGUCAACAUUGUGGUCCUGGAUAGACCCAGUGCCCCAGUUGGACCAGUUGAGAUGUAUGAUGUAACAGAAGACAGCGUGAGCCUGAAGUGGCUGCCUCCCUCAUACGACGGAGGCAGCCCCAUCACCAACUACAUCAUCCUCAAACGACAGACAACCACAGCAAACUGGACCGAGGUCUCCUCCGCUGUAGCAAGAUGUACCAUGAAGAUCAUGAAGCUCACUACCGGAAAGGAGUACCAGUUCAGAAUAAAGGCUGAAAAUCGCUAUGGAACUAGCGAGCACAUUGACUCUCCAACUGUCACUGUGAGCCUACCUUACACCAUCCCCGAAGCUCCAUCUGCACCAGUUGUGACAGCGGUUACCAAGGAGAGUAUCACGGUGACCUGGAAGGAGCCUGCCUCUGAUGGAGGCAGCCACGUCUUUGGCUACCAUCUGCAGAUGAAGGACAGAAACAGCAUUCUGUGGCAGAAAGUCAACAAGACUGUUAUCCGUGCCUGUCACUACAAAGUGAUAAAUAUCAGCCCGGGUCUCAUCUAUGAAUUCAAAAUAGCUGCUGAAAAUGCAGCUGGAUUGAGUGCCAUCAGCAAGAUAUCUGACGCAGUACUGGCCAUCGAUGCCUGUGAGCCUCCAAACAAUGUCCGCAUUACUGAUAUCACCAAGAAUACCAUCACCCUGGCAUGGCAGAAGCCUUCUGAUGGUGGCAGCAAGAUCACAGGCUACUUCAUUGAGAAGAGAGACGAUCCAAAAGGAAGAUGGACAAAGGCUCAUCUGACCAACAUCACAAACAAACAUUACACUGUGACAGGCUUAACUCAAGAUGAAUCUUAUGAGUUUAGAGUAAUGGCAAAGAACGCUGUUGGAUCAGUCAGCAACCCAUCCAUCGUUGCAGGUCCAGCCACUUGUGUGGACACAUUCGGUGCACCUGAGAUUGAAAUCCCACAGGAGUAUCUGGAAGUAGUGAAACACAAGGCUGGAUCUAUUGUCGAACUUACAUUUGGUAUCAUUGCUAAGCCGGCACCUACCAUUGAGUGGUUUAAGGAUGGAAAGGAGCUUAAGUCAGGGGCUCAGCAGACAAUCACGCACACUGCUGACUCUACAAGUAUCACCAUCAGGGACACCACCCGACUCAACACAGGAGCAUAUGAGAUCAAGGUCAAGAACUCUCUGGGCUCAGCCUUUGCCUCUGUCAGACUGCAAAUUCUUGAUAAGCCUGGACCUCCUGCUGGAGAGAUUCAGUUCAAGAAGAUCACAGCUGAUAAUGUCACCAUCAUGUGGGCCCCACCUGACGACGAGGGUGGAGCCUUAGUUACUCACUACAUCAUAGAGAAGCGUGAGACCAGUAGGAUUAUGUGGUCCAUCAUAUCUGAGAAACUGGAAGAAUGUAUUGUCAAUGUCCAGAGAUUGAUCCAAGGCAACGAAUACAUCUUCAGAGUCAGAGGCAUCAACAAAUAUGGAGUUGGUGAUCCACUGGAGUCUGAGCCAGUGGUUGCCAAGAAUGCAUUUGUUCCUCCCAGUGAGCCCUCUAAGCCCACCGUCAGUAUGAUUACCAAAUCCACAAUGACAGUAAUCUGGGAGAGGCCUGCUCUUGAUGGAGGAAGUGACCUUGAUGGCUACUACCUGGAAAAGCGUGAAAAGAAGAGCCUGCAGUGGUUUAAGGUGGUCAAAGACACCAUCCGUGACACCAGGCAAAAAGUCACCAAUCUUACAGAAGGAAAUGAAUAUCAAUAUCGUGUCUGUGCUAUCAACAAGGCUGGAGCUGGAAAAUACUCACUGUGUUCUGAACUCUACAAGGCCUAUGAUCCAAUUGAUCCACCAAGUGAGCCAACUAAACUAAGAGUGGUUGACUCCACUAAAACCUCCAUCACCCUGGGCUGGGUGAAGCCUGUGUAUGACGGAGGCAGUGAGAUCACCAGCUAUAUCGUAGAGCAGAUGAACACAGAAGACAGGGAAUGGGUUGUGAUCAGCUCUAACGGUGAAGUACGGACAACAGAGUAUGUCGUGUCACAUCUGAAACCAGGAACCUACUACUUCUUCCGUGUCUCUGCUGUCAAUUGUGUUGGGGCAGGAGAAAACAUUCAGAUGUACCAGCCUGUACAACCCAAAGAUAUUCUUGAGGAAGCAGACCUUGACUUGGAUGUUUCCAUGACCACCCAGUACACAGCUAAAGCAGGAAGAGAUGUGGAGAUUAGGAUCCCUCUGAAGGGCAGACCUGCUCCUAACGUCACCUGGAGGAAGGGAGACAAGAACCUUUCCAGUGAUGCCAGGUACACUAUCAACAACACAGAGUAUUCAACCCUUCUCAUCAUUCCUAAGAUCACACGCGAUGACUGCGGCAAAUAUCUACUGGAGAUUGAGAAUGGUGUUGGUGAGCCCAAGAUCAUCAUUGUGUCUGUGAAGGUGCUUGACACACCAUCCACCUGCCAAAAGCUGAUUAUCAAGAAUGUCACCAGAAGCAAACUCACUCUCAGCUGGGAAGCUCCUCUGAUAGACGGUGGUUCCCCUGUUACCAAAUACAUUGUUGAGAAGAAAGAUUCCACCAUGAAGGCAUACACUGUUGUGACAACAGAGUGCACCAAUACAACAUACAAAAUUGAUGGUCUGUCUGAGGAGAUUGCCUACUUCUUCCGUGUGUCUGCUGAGAAUGAGCAUGGAGUUGGUGACACAUGUGAGUCUACAGAGCCUGUCAGAGCAACCGAAACCCCCGGUCCAGUAAAGGAGUUGGUCAUGACAGACUCUACCAAGACAUCUGUGAUUCUGAAGUGGACCAAGCCUGAUCAUGAUGGUGGCAGCCACAUCUCAGACUAUAUCAUUGAGAAGAAGCUAAAGGAAGAGACCACAUGGACCCUGGGUGGAACAAGCAAGCGUUGCACAUAUGAAGUUUCAAACCUUAAGGAAAAUGCUGUGAUGGACUUCAGAGUAUUCGCCAAAAAUGAGAAAGGAAACAGCGACUUCUCCCUGAUUGGACCUAUCACAGUGAAGGACUUUAUUAUCCCACCUGAGGCCAACAUGAUUGAUUAUCCAAAUGGUGAUCUCAGUGUUCGCCUUGGCCAAAAUAUCCACAUUGAGCUUCCAUUCAAGGGCAAGCCAAAACCUGCCAUUAGCUGGAUGAAGGACAAUGUACCAUUGAAGGAAAGUGAGAAGAUUCGCUUCCGCACAACUGAUAACAAAACUGCAAUGACAAUCAGAAGCUCCAAGAAGGAGAAUGCCGGCAUGUACACACUGGUGCUGGACAAUAAACAGAUCAAGAACUUCUUUGAUGUUAAAGUGCUCAUUCUUGCACCACCCUCUGUACCUGUUGGUCCUAUUCGAUUUGAUGAGAUCAAAGCACAGGGCAUUAUCAUAUCAUGGGGUGAACCACAGGAUGACGGAGGUGGAGAGAUCACCUGCUACAGCGUAGAGAAAAGAGAGACCUCCCAUGCUAACUGGAAGAUGGUCUGCUCCAGUGUUGUAAGGACCACAUUCAAGAUCCCCAACCUUGUCAAAGGAACAGAGUACCAGUUCAGAGUGCGUGCUGAGAACAAAUAUGGAGUAAGCGAGGCAUUGAAUUCAACAGAAGUUGUGGCCCAGCACCAGUACAAGGCCCCAGGUUCCCCAGGAAAGCCUCUGGCAUACAAUGUCACCAGUGAUGGCAUGACCAUUCAGUGGGAAGCACCUGGUUUUGAUGGUGGCUCACCAAUCUCUGGCUAUCACGUGGAGAAGAAGGACAGAAAUAGCUUGUUGUGGACCAAAGUGAAUUCCAGCAUCAUUUCUGCAAGAGACUACAGAAUCAUUGGUUUGAUUGAGGGUUUGGAGUACUCAUUUAGAGUCUAUGCUGAGAAUAAUGCUGGCCUGAGUCCUGUCAGUGAGCAGAGCAAGCAUGCGCUUGCCAUCUCUCCAGUUGACCCCCCUGGAACUCCUAACUGUAUCGAUUGCACAAGAGACUCCGUGACUCUCAAAUGGGGCAUACCCAAGAGAGAUGGAGGCAGUAAGAUUGUGGGUUACAGCGUGGAGAGACGCCAAGGCAGAGCCCGUUGGCUGAGGUGCAACUUCACUGACAUCUGUGAAUUACAGUUCACCGUCACUGGACUCUCUGCCGGUGACCGCUUUGAGUUUAGGGUGAUCGCCAGGAAUGCUGUUGGAACUGUCAGUCCACCUUCCCAGUCCUCAGGCUACAUCAUGACCAAGGAUGAGAGUGUUACUCCUGACAUUGAGUUUGAUGCUGACCAGGCCGUAACCCUCAAGGCUGGUGAGAACAUCAAACUAAAGUGCAGCAUCACCGGACGCCCCGUACCUCAGGUCAUAUGGUACAAGGACGGUAUAGAGAUUGAUAAGAAGAUGAUGAUGGACAUUAAAACAACCAUCGGAUGCAGCUCACUCUUCGCCCGCGACGUAGACCGUAGUCACCGUGGCAUCUACGCAGUGGAGGCCAGGAACAGCUCAGGAACUAAGAGAGCAGAAGUUAAUAUCAGAGUACAAGACACCCCUGGGCCUCCUGAGGGUCCCAUCCGUUUCACAGGCAUCACUGCAGAGAAGUGUACAGUUUGGUGGAACCCUCCAGAGAACGAUGGCUGCUCUGCCAUCACUCACUACAUAGUAGAGAAGAGAGAGACCUCCAGGAUCUCCUGGGCAAUGGUGACCAGCAAGUGUGAAGCCUGCUCCUUCAACGUCACCAAACUGAUCAAGGGCAAUGAGUAUCAGUUCCGUAUCUCUGCCGUCAACAAGUUUGGUGAUGGCAGACCUCUGGACUCUGAUGCAGUCGUUGCACAGAUGCAAUUCACUGUGCCAGAAGCCCCAGGUACACCAGAUGCCACACAUAUUACAGGCAAUAGCAUCACAACGUGCUGGACUAGGCCCAGGUCAGAUGGAGGUAACGAGAUCAAACACUACAUCCUGGAGAGACGUGAGAAGAAGAGUCUGAUGUGGGUGAAGGUGUCCUCCAAGAGACCCAUCACUGAGCUCCGACACAGAGUCACCCACCUGACCGAGGGAUAUGAGUAUGAGUUCCGUGUGAUGGCUGAGAAUGGAGCUGGAAUAGGACCUGCCAGCAGCACAUCCAGGCUUUUCAAGUGCAGAGAGCCAACAAGCACACCAAGUGCCCCCUCCGUGGUCAAAGUUAUUGACUCCACCAAGUCCUCUGUCACCGUGGAUUGGAUCAAGCCUGUGUUUGAUGGUGGCAUGGAGGUUAUUGGUUACAACAUUGAGAUGUGCAAGGCUAGUCUGGAGGAAUGGCACAAAAUCAACACAGAGAUAUGCAUCAAUAACGUCUACACAGCUAAAGGUCUGGUUGCUGGUGAGAUGUACAAGUUCCGUGUUAGUGCAGUGAAUGGAACAGGACAGGGAGAAGCCUGUACAAUUACCAAUCCAGUGCAAGCUGUGGACAGACUGACGUCUCCAGAAAUUGACAUUGAUGCUAGCUUCAAACAGAACCACAUUGUGAAGAAUGGAGGCACUGUCACUCUCCAUAUUCCUUUCCGUGGCAAACCUAUUCCUCUGGCUACCUGGACCAAGGCUGAUGGUGAGGUGCCAGUGAUGGCAGAUAUCAACACUACUGACUCAUUUAGCACCUUGACUAUUGAAGGCUGCACCAGAUACGAGGCUGGAAAAUACACCUUGUCUCUAGAAAACAACAGUGGGCGGAAGUCUAUUACCUUCACUGUGAAGGUUUUGGAUACUCCUGGACCACCAGGUAAAAUCUCCUUCAAGGACGUGACCAGAGGAGCAAUGACCCUCAUGUGGGACGCUCCCAGCAAUGACGGUGGAGCUCGCAUUCAUCACUACAUUGUGGAUAUGCGUGAGGCCAGCCGCCUCAGUUGGCAAGAAGUUAGCACUAAGUGCUCACGUCAAAUAAUUAGAGCAACCAACAUGGAGAUAGGUAUUCCAUAUGUCUUCAGAGUUAUUGCAGUUAACCAGUAUGGUCAGGGUGAGCCACAGGAGAUGACGGAGCCUGUCAUUGCUACGGAGGAACCUGCUCCACCCAAGAGGCUGGAUGUCAUCGACACAAGCAACUCCACAGCUUCUCUGGCCUGGCUAAAGCCUGAACAUGAUGGUGGCAGUCGAGUCAGAGGCUACAUUGUGGAGCUUAGGGCCAAGGGUUCUGACCGCUGGUUAAUGGGUGGUGAGACAAAGUCUCUGAAAAUGGUUCUGGAAGGCUUAAUUGAAAACACAGAGUACAAUUUCCGUGUCAAAGCCAAGAACGAUGCUGGCAUCAGUGAGGCAAGAGAUGCCUUUGGUUCUGUUGUCAUCAAGGAGCCCCGCAUCGAGCCUACUGCUGACCUCAGCAGCAUCAACAACCAACUCAUCACAUGCAAGACCAGUGACAAGUUCAUCAUUGAUAUUCCUAUCAGUGGCAGACCAGCUCCAAAGGUAACAUGGAAACUGGAAGAGAUGAAGUUGAAGGAGACUGACAGGGUGUCUAUCAAGUCCAACCAUGAGAAGACGACCCUGGUUGUAAAAGACAGCAAGAGAGGAGAUAGUGGAAAGUAUUACCUAAUUCUGGAGAAUGCGGCAGGAGUAAAAACCUUCACUGUGACAGUUGUGGUGUUUGGUAGACCCAGUGCACCAACUGGCCCUGUGGAAAUCUCCUCCGUCUCAUCUGAGUCCUGCACCCUGGCAUGGGCAGACCCCGCAGACGAUGGCGGCACUGAAAUAACUAACUACAUUGUUGAGAAGCGCGAGUCUGGAUCGACAUCCUGGCAGGUUGUGAACUCCAGUGUCAAGCGCACCACAAUAAAAGUCACCCGCCUGACCAAAUACAUGGAGUACACCUUCCGUGUGUGUGCUGAGAACAAGUUUGGCGUGAGCAAGUCCAUUGAGACUACACCUGUGAUUAUUGAACAUCCAUUUGUUCCCCCAAGUCCUCCAACACGCCCAGAUGUGCUGUUUGUCUCUGCUUCUGCCAUUGGCAUCAAGUGGGACCUGCCAUACCAUGAUGGAGGCAGUGGAAUAACAGGAUACUGGAUAGAGAAGAAAGAGAGAAACACCAUCCUGUGGGUGAGGGAGAACAAGAUCCCAUGUGUUGACGCCCAAUACAAAGUAUCCAGCCUUAUUGAGGGCUUGGAGUACCAGUUCAGAGUUUACGCAAUGAAUAUUGCUGGUCUGAGCAAAGCCAGUGAAGCCUCCAGGCCAGUGGUGGCACUGAAUCCUGUGGAUCCUCCUGGCAAACCAGAGGUGACAGAUAUCACCAGAUCCUCAGUGACAAUCGCCUGGUCUGUACCUGAAAAUGAUGGUGGCAGCAAGAUUGUUGGCUACGUUGUUGAGCGCAAGCCUUACAGCACAGAUGAAUAUGAUGACACACGCUGGUUGAAAUGCAACUACACCACAAUCACAGACACAAAUUUCACUGUGGGUAAUCUGGGAGAAGAUGAAGUGUAUGAGUUCCGUGUUAUUGCCAGAAAUGGAGCUGGUGUACACAGUGCUCCAUCAGAGUCCACAGGACCCAUUACCUGCAAGGAUGAGUACACCCCUCCAAAAGCUGAACUUGACAAAACACUGGUUGGAGAGACAGUCACUAUUCGUGCUGGGUCAGACCUGGUUUUGGAUGGGGCAGUGGGAGGUAAACCAGAGCCUAAAGUGUUCUGGUCCAAGGGUGAAAAGGUUCUAGAACUGGGAGAGAAAUAUUCUCUGACCUAUACCAGCUCUAGAGCCAUGGCCAUCAUCAAGAGCUGUGACAGGAAUGACACUGGCAGGUACAUCCUCACUGUGAAAAAUGCCAGCGGCACCAAGACAGCAGCGGUCAAUGUUAAAGUACUAGAUACGCCUGGGCCUCCUGCUGACAAGGUUAUCAUCAGCAGAGUCACAGAGGAGAAGUGUAGUGUAUCCUGGAAGAUUCCGUUAGAGGAUGGUGGAGACUUAGUCUCUCACUACAUUGUAGAGAGACGCGAGACCAGCCGCCUCAACUGGGUCAUUAUGGAGACAGAAUGUAAAACCUUGGCAUGUGUCAGCAGUAAACUCAUCAAGAAUAAUGAGUACGUCUUCCGUGUCAGAGGAGUCAACAAGUAUGGACCUGGAGUACCUCUGGAGUCUGACCCUGUUAUUGCAAGAAACGCAUACACUAUUACUUCACCUCCUGGAGCACCAGAGAUCACGGCUGUUGGAAAGGAACAUGUCAUUAUUGAAUGGAUGAAGCCAGAGAGUGAUGGUGGGAGUGAGAUCAAGAACUACCUUGUUGACAAACGUGAGACGAGCAGUCUCAGGUGGACCAGAGUGAACAAGACCUUUACCAUUUAUGACACACGUCUGAAGAUCUCCGGAUUGCUGGAGGGCAGCGACUACCAGUUCCGUGUCACAGCCGUGAAUGCUGCUGGAAACAGUCAGCCCAGCGACGCCUCCCAAUAUGUUCUCUGCAAAGAUCCAACCUACACUCCUGCUCCACCUUCCAUACCACGGGUGACAGACAGCACUAAACACAGCAUCACCCUUGCCUGGACCAGGCCUAUGUAUGAUGGUGGUUCUGAUGUGACUGGUUAUGUAGUUGAGAUUCUGGAGGAGGGAACAGAGCAGUGGUAUAGAGCUCACCAAAAGGUUCUGAAGACUACUGACUAUGUUGCCACUGGUCUGGCCAGCAACAAGAAGUACAGCUUCCGUGUGGCAGCUGUUAACAACAAGGGCACUGGUGAAUUCAGUGAAGCAAGUGUGGAAACCGAGCCUGUGGAGAAAGUUGAAAUCCCAGAUCUUGAACUGGGUGAUGACCUGAAGAAGACUGUGUGUCUGCGGGCUGGUGGCACUCUGAGGCUGUUUGUGACAGUGAGUGGGAGACCCACGCCAAUCAUCACCUGGAGGAAGAAGGGAGUGGACCUUCAGAGCAGAGGCUUCAUUGACACCACUGACAGCUACACAUCUCUGGUAGUUGAGAAGGUCCAUCGUUAUGAUGCUGGAAAAUACGUUGUUGAGGCAGAGAACCCAUCUGGCAAGAGGACAGCAACUGUUCUCGUCAAGAUUUAUGACACUCCUGGACCACCUGGGGCCGUUAAAGUGAAAGAUUAUACCAAGGAGUCUGUGGUAAUUACUUGGGAUGUACCUAGUGUUGAUGGCGGAGCUCCUAUCAACAACUACAUCAUUGAGAAACGAGAAGCUUCAAUGAAAUCGUACAAGACAGUUACAACAGAAUGUAGGAAAACAUUGUUCAGAAUCACCGGUCUGGAAGAGGGAGUUCACUACUUCUUCCGAGUAUUACCAGAGAACAUCUAUGGUAUCGGAGAAGGUUGUGAGAUUCCUGAGUCUGUCCUGCUCUGUGAAGUUCCCUCAAUUCCUCAAGAUAUGGAAAUUGUGGAUGUGACAAAGACCUCAGUAAUUCUGAAGUGGGAGAAGCCUCUUUCUGAUGGUGGCAGCCGAGUGACAGGCUACGUCAUUGAGGCCUGCAAGGUUGGAUCAGACAGAUGGAGUGCUGUGUCAACUGUGAAGUCAUCAGUGUCCCAGCAUGCUGUCACUUCCCUGACAGAGAAUGAGCAGUAUCUAUUCAGAAUCAGAGCCACCAACAGCAGGGGAGUCAGCGAGGCUAGAGAGAUCAUGAGUCCUAUCACUGUUCAGGAACAGAAAGUGGCACCCAAGAUUGAUCUGGCUGGAAUUCCACAGAAGAUUGUCAAUGUCCCAGCAGGCAAACCAAUUGACCUCAACCUGCCCAUUAAGGGUAAACCUUUGCCUGUCUGCUCAUGGUUCUUUGCUGGUGUUAAGAUGAAGGAUAGUCUUGACCGUGUAAAGAUUGAAAGCACAGCAAAAUACACAAGACUAAUUGUCCGUGAGACCACAAUUGAUGACACGGGUGAUUACACUCUGGAAGUAAAGAAUGCAACAGGAAUUGCCAGAGAGGUUAUCAAAAUCAUUAUCCUUGACAAACCCGGAAUACCCAUUGGACCGAUGAAAAUUGAAGAGGUUGAUGGCAGCUCUGUGACUGUUAGCUGGGAACCACCAGAGAAGGAUGGCGGUGCUAACGUUAGCGGCUAUGUGGUUGAGCAGCGUGAUGCACACCGUCCUGGCUGGUUGUCUGUGUCCGAGUCUGUAACCAGGCCCACUUUCAAAUUCACAAGACUGUCAGAAGGAACUGAAUACGUGUUCCGUGUUGCUGCUACAAACCGCUUCGGCAUUGGUGGAUUCAUGCAGUCAGAAGUUGUGGAGUGCAAGAGUGUGAAGACCAUACCCGGACCACCCAGCACACCAGACAUUGUUGAUGUGUCUCAUGAAGGCAUGACCAUAACAUGGCAGCCUCCAGAGGAUAACGGUGGCUCCACUCUGGCCGGAUACAUCAUCGAGCGAAAGGAGGUCAGGUCUGACAGAUGGAUGCGCAUCAACAAGAACCCAGUAACAAUGACCCGAUACAGAUCUACAGGUCUGAUCGAAGGCCUGGAGUAUGAAUACAGAGUCAUAGCCAUUAACUCCAGGGGUGAAGGAAAACCAAGCUUGGGCUCCAAACCUGCUAUCGCCAUGGAUCCCGUUGAGCCCCCGACUGCACCCAUGCAUCCUCGAGUGACCGACAGCACCAGGACCUCUGUGUCUCUGGCCUGGCUUCCUCCUGAAGAUGAGGGUGGAUCCAUUGUCACUGGCUACUUGAUUGAGAUGCAGAAAGUGGACCAGGUGGAAUGGACUAAGUGCAACACGACACCUACAAAGAUCUGUGAAUACACACUGACACAUAUGCCCCAGGGAGCCGAGUACAAAUUCCGUGUCAUGGCCUGCAAUGCUGGAGGAUCAGGAGAACCAGCUGAAAUACCAGGGGUGGUCAAGGUUACAGAAAUGCUUGACUAUCCUGACUAUGAGCUGGAUAGCAAGUAUGAGGAAGGCUAUGUGGUCAGACAGGGUGGAGUUAUCAGACUGUCUGUGCCAAUCAAGGGUAAACCAGUUCCUACCUGUAAGUGGACCAAGGAAGGCCGAGAUAUUUCUCACAGAGCCAUGAUUGUCUCCACUGAUGAAAUCACUGAGCUGGUGAUCAAGGAGGCCCACAAAGAGGAUACCGGCACCUAUGACCUGAUUCUGGAAAAUAAAUGCGGCAAGAAGGUUGUCUACAUCAAGGUGAAGGUAAUUGGACGCCCAGAUGCCCCAGAAGGUCCUCUCGAGUUUGAUGAUAUCCAGGCUCGUUCUGUCAGAGUUAGCUGGAGACCUCCCUCAGACGAUGGUGGCUCAGAUGUCUUGGGAUACAUUGUUGAGAGACGCGAGGUUCCUAAGGCAGCUUGGUGCACUGUGGACUCCAGGGUCAUUGAGACAUCUCUGGUGGUCAAAGGACUAAAGGAGAAUGUUGAGUACCACUUCAAGAUAUCAGCGGAGAACCAGUUUGGUGUCAGCAGAUCCCUAAAAUCUGAUGAGUCUGUCAUACCAAAGACUCCUCUAUGUCCUCCAGAACCACCAAGCAACCCACCAGAAAUUAUGGAUGUCACCAAGAGCACCAUCUCUCUGUCCUGGUCCAGGCCCAAGGAUGAUGGUGGCUCCCGUGUCACAGGCUACUUUGUUGAGAGAAGAGAGGUGUCCACUGAGAAGUGGGUGCGUCACAACAAGACACACAUCACCACCACCAUGUACACUGUAACCGGACUCAUCCCUGAUGCUGAAUACAAGUUCAGGGUAGUCGCUCAGAAUGACGUUGGUAAGAGUGAGGCUGGACCCGAAUCCGAUUCAGUUGUCUGCAAAGAUCCAUUCGACAAACCAAGUCAACCUGGCGAGAUUGACAUAAUCUCAGUUGCCAAGGACUGCAUCACUAUCCACUGGUUGCGUCCAGAGUGUGAUGGUGGAAAGGAGAUCCUGGGCUACUGGAUAGAGUUCAGAGAGGCCGGUGAAAGUGCCUGGAAGAAAUGCAACAAAGAACGUUCUAAGGACAGACAGUUUACCAUGGGUGGUCUUAUGGAGGCCACAGAAUAUGAGUUCCGUAUUAUUGCUCAGAAUGAGACUGGAAUGAGCAGGCCCCGCAGAACUGCCAUGGGCAUUAAGACAAAACUGAGCGUUGGAGAGGCUCCAUGUCUGAAGGAGGAAAUAAAAGACGUCACCACAAAACUAGGUGAAUCUGGAACUUUGGUGUGCCAGAUCAUUGGCAGACCUCUGCCAGAGAUCAAAUGGUACCGGUAUGGCAAGGAGCUGAUCCAGAGCCGCAAAUACAAGAUGAGUUCUGAUGGUCGCAACCAUUCUUUGACCGUGGCCACAGAUGAACAGGAAGAUGAGGGUCUGUACACUUGCAGAGCUGUAAAUGAGGCCGGGGAGGUUGAGACCAGCGGAAAACUUUUCCUACAUGCCGCUCCUCAGUUCCACCCCGGCUUCCCUCUGAAAGAGAAGUACUAUGCUGGCUGUGGAACCAGCCUCCGUCUCCAUGUAGUCUACAUCGGCCGUCCUAUUCCACAGAUUAUGUGGUUCUAUGACAAGAAGCCUUUAAAUCCAUCUGAGAAUGUCAUCAUUGAGAAUACAGAGAGCUACUCUCAUCUGGUUGUUCGGAAUGUUCAACGUAAGACCAAUGCUGGCCGGUACAAGGUGCAAAUGAGCAACAAAUUCGGCACUGUUGACACCUUCCUUCGUGUUGAAAUUCAAGAUAAACCUACUAUCCCAGAGGGGCCCAUUGUUGUGGAUGCACUGUUGAAGAGCUCUAUAAUCAUCAGCUGGAAGCCUCCAAAGGAUGAUGGUGGCUCAAUGAUCACAAACUAUAUUGUAGAGAAACGUGAAGCAAAGGAGGGAGAGCAGUGGCACCUGGUGUCAUCCUCUGUCUCAGGAACAACUUGCCGCGUUCCCAACCUGAAUGAGAGUGCUGGAUAUUACUUCCGUGUUUCAGCUCAGAACCAAUAUGGUGUCAGUGCUUCUCUGGAGAUUCCAUCCGUUCUCAUCAUUAAGAGUCCAUUUGAAAAACCCGGAAUCCCACAGCAGCCCGUUGUUACUGGUGUCACAAAGGAUUCCUGCAUUGUGUCUUGGAAACCACCAAGCAGUGAUGGAGGUGCCAAGAUUAAGAACUACUUCCUGGACAAACGUGAGAAGAGGCAGAACAAAUGGAUUUCAGUGUGCACUGAAGAGAUCCACGAGACCACCUACAAUGUCACAGGCCUAAUUGAGGGCUUUGAGUAUGAGUUCCGUGUCAAGUGUGAGAAUAUUGGUGGUGAGAGUGAUUGGAGUGAAAUAUCCGAGGCCAUCAUUCCCAAAUCGGAACACGCUCCACGACCUCCUGUGUUCAGAGACGAGCUGAGAGACAUGACCGUGAAGUACAAGGCCAAUGCUACAUUUGUAUGCAAGGUUGUUGGACAUCCAAAACCUCUGAUCAAAUGGUACAGGCGUGGCAAAGAAAUUCAGCCUGAUGGACAGAAGAUCAAAGCACAAGAAUUCAAGGGAGGCUAUUACCAACUUGUCAUUACUGCUGCUGAUGAAAACGAUGCAACAGUGUAUCAAAUUAGAGCAACAAACCAAGAAGGAUCCAUCUCUACAACUGUUAACUUGGAUGUGGAGGUUCCUGCAAAGAUUCACUUGCCCGAAUAUCUCCAGGGCAUGGGUGCAGUACAUGCAGUCCGUGGUGAUGUGGUUACUGUAAAGAUCCCUAUCACUGGCAAACCUGAACCAGCAAUCACCUGGCAGAAGGGGCAAGAAAUCCUCUCCAACUCUGCCUACUAUCAAGUCAUCACCACCCGAUCCUUCACUUCACUUGUUUUCCAGAAGGGAGUCCAAAGAAAGGAUACUGGUUAUUACAUUAUAACGGCAAAGAACAGAUUUGGCACUGACAAGCAAACUAUUGAGGUUGACGUGGCAGAUGUGCCAGAUGCUCCCAAGGGUAUCAAAAUCAGUGACAUCUCCCGUGAUUCAAUCACUUUAACCUGGGACCCUCCAGCCAAUGAUGGUGGUAGCCCUAUCAUCAACUACAUUGUGGAGAAAUGCCCCACUACAGCUGACCGCUGGAUCCGUGCAGCCCACACCACUGAGACUCAGUAUACCAUGAUUAAUGUCUUUGGAAAGACAAAGUACCAGUUCCGUGUGAUUGCAGAGAACCAGUUUGGGGUCAGUGAGCCAACUGCACCAACUGAGGCAGUUACCACAAAGGAAGAUAAGUCUGUUAUCAGAAACUAUGAUGAGGAAGUUGAUGAAGAAAGAGAAAUCACUAAGGGGGAGGCCCCACAACAUAAGAUCAAGACCUUGGCAUCCAUGUACACAAUCUCUGAAGAGCUGGCUAGAGGGCAGUUUGGUAUUGUCCACCGCUGUGUUGAAAUCAGUACCAAAAAGACAUACAUGGCCAAGUUAAUCAAAGUAAAGGGCACAGAUCAGGAGCUGGUAUACAGGGAAAUUGAGACCCUUAACCUAGGUAGACACAAGAACCUAAUGUAUCUACAUGAGUACUUUGAGAGCUUGGAUGAGAUGGUCUUGAUCUACGAGUUCAUGUCAGGAGUCGAUAUCUUUGAACGUCUUGGCACAGCCAACUUUGAACUUACAGAACAGGAGAUUGUUAGGUACAUGAGACAGGUGUGUCAAGGCAUUAAGUUCCUGCACAGUCAGCACUAUGGUCAUUUUGAUAUCAGACCUGAAAAUAUUGUCUACUCCACGAGAAGGAGCACAAAUGUUAAGAUUAUUGAAAUGGGCCAAGCAAGACUACUUACCCCAGGAGACAACAUCAGAAUCCAGUUCACUUCUCCAGAGUACUGCGCUCCUGAAGUCCACCGCCACGAUCUGGUGAGCUCAAGAACCGACAUGUGGUCAGUUGGCGUACUGGCAUAUGUGCUCCUCAGUGGCCUCAAUCCAUUUGCUGCAGAGUCCACUACCAAAAUGAUUGAAAAUAUCUCAAAUGUUGAGUAUAUCUUCGACACAGAGGCUUUCAAGGACACCAGUCAGGAAGCAAUGGACUUUGUAGACAGGCUUUUGAUCAAGGAUAGAAAGGUGCGUAUGACAGCUUCUGAAGCUUUGGAGCAUCCUUGGCUGAAGAUGAAGCUGGAAAAUGUUAGCACAAAGAUCAUUAAAACACUGAGACAUAGAAGGUAUUACCAGACAGUGGUAAAGAAGGAGUGGAACACCAUUGUAUCAGCUGCACGUGUAGCCUACGGUGGGGCUUUCAGAAGCCAGAGAGGAGUGUCUUUUGCCAGGGUGAAGAUUGCAUACCCCACCCAGGGUGUUCGUGCAGGCUCAGUCAUGCAUGGAACUGCUGAGGAAGGCGGACAUGUACGAUUCACUUGCAGCAUUGAUAACUAUGACAAGACCACACAGGUGGGCUGGUACUUUGGUUCACGACAACUGCAUCCAAGUCCCAAAUAUGAAAUUACUUACAGCAAUGGACUUGCCAGCAUUUAUGUGAAGGACAUCGAAGCAUCUGAUGAUGGUGUCUACAGGUGCAAAGUUGUUAAUGAGGACAGUGAAGCUAGUUCCUGUGGAGAACUCUUUGUUGAAACUGUCAGGUCAUACCGCGAAUACUUCUUAGGACGCACUGUCAAGAAACUGAGGGGAAAGCUUGACAAGACAAAACUGUUGCAGAGACCUCCUGAGUUCACUCUGCCUCUUUACAACCGUGCAGCUUACAUUGGUGAGGAUGUGCGUUUUGGUGUCACCAUCACUGUGCAUCCAGAACCCCAUGUCACAUGGCUGAAGGCAGGCCAGAGAAUCAAACCAGGUGAUGAUGACAGGAAGUACACCUUCACUAGCGACAAGGGUCUCUAUCAGCUGAUGAUCCACAACCUGGACCUUGAGGAUGAUGCUGAGUACACUGUCAUGGCUCACAACAAGUUUGGUGAGGACAGCUGCACAGCUCGUCUCACAGUAACUCCUCACCCAGUGACGGAGGAGACCAUGAGGCCUAUGUUCAAACGUCUGUUGGCUAACGUGGAGUGUGGUGAAGGAAACAGUGUUCGCUUUGAACUCAGAGUUUCAGCUAUACCUGCACCCACUCUCAAGUGGGAGAAGGAUGGUCAGCCUCUGCAGUUUGGACCACAGAUUUCAGUUGUUCAAGAGGAUUUAGACUAUCAUGUUCUGCACAUCAGAGAAACUCUUAUUGAAGACUCUGGAGUCUACAAGGUUACUGCAACAAAUGCUGCUGGAUCUGCGAGCUGCCAAGCCACACUAAAGGUGGACCGCCUCACAUACACAAGGAGAGAAUAUAAGAGUGAAGAGGAGAAACAGAGGUAUGUGCAGAAACAGAUUGACAAGACAAUGAAGAUGGCCCAGCACAUCGCAACUACCGAAGAACACGUAGGACUCAACCCUUCGGCCCAAGAGGCCUUGAAACAUGCUGCAGAUAUCUACAAGCCUGCAGUGAGCACCAAACAUAUCCAGGGUGAGUUUGACAUUGCGAAGGAAACACAGGUCAAAAAGACAAUUGUGGAGGAGAGGACAAUCCGAAUGCCCUAUGAGAUCCCUGAACCUCGUGUCCAUGAUGCUACAGCUUUGGAUGAGGAUAUGUUGAUCAAACACUUUGUGCCUCUCUCUGAUAUGAAGUGGUACAGGAAGCUCAGAGACCAGUACGAGAUGCCUGAGAAAAUGGAUAAGAUUGUCCAAAAGAGACAAAAACGCAUCCGUCUCUCCAGAUGGGAGCAGUUCUAUGUAAUGCCCCUUCCUAGAAUUACUGACCAGUACAGGCCAAGAUGGCGUAUUCCAAAGCUCACACAGGAUGACUUGGAAACUGUCAGACCAGCCAGGCGCUCACCUUCCCCUGAGUCUGAGGCUUCAUUCAGAUCAAGAAGACGUUCUCUGGGUGACAUGAGCGAUGAGGAGCUUCUAAAGCCCAUUGAUGACUACAUGUCCCUGAAAAGAUCUGAGGAGGAGAAGAUGAGACUGGAGGAUGAGCUGGAGCUUGGCUACUCUGCCUCCCCACCUAGCGGCAGCCCUGUUCGCUUUGAGUUAUCUUCCUUGCGACGCCCAUCACCACGACAUGUGGAGCAUGUUUCCAGAAAAGAGAGAGAAAUAAAAGUAGUUGAGGGUGCCAAGACAACAGAAGUCCGCUCUCUCUCCCACUACAUGAGAAGGAGGAGAUCCCUCUCUCCCACAUACAUUGAGCUGAUGCGUCCUGUGUCUGAACUAAUAAGACCUCCCCGUGCACGUCCUCCAAUGGAGUUUGAGGGUGAAGUUGUAGAGAGAAGGUCCCCGACUCCUGAAAGGACACGCCCACGCUCUCCCAGUCCUGUCUCUGACGAGAGAUCCUCUAGGUCGUCCUCCAGGUUUGAGAGGUCAGCCAGAUUUGACAUCAUGUCUAGAUAUGAGUCCAGAAAAGCUGCCCUGAAGUCAGAGAAGAAGUAUCAAGUUGUGAGCCAGACACCUUUCAGCCUGGACCAUACCCCUCGUAUAACUGUUAGGAUGCGUUCUCAUCGUGUGCCAUGUGGUCAGGACACCAAGUUUACUCUGAAUGUCCAAGCUAAACCUCAAGCUGAGAUUACAUGGUUCCACAAUGGACAACAGAUUCUGGAAAGCAGCAAAUACCAGUUCACCAACAUGAGUGGAGUGCUGUCCAUCCAAAUCUUUGAAUGUCAGGCCGAGGAUAGUGGCACAUAUCGUGUUGUUUGUGCUAAUGCUAAGGGUGAGGCUUCAGACUAUGGCACCCUGGAUGUGUCUGGAGGGGAAUUCACAACUUACUCAUCACGACGUAAAGAUGAAGAGGCUCCAAAACCAUUUGUCCCUGAUAUCACUAAGACAGAUCAUUAUCACACAUCAUUUUUCAAGGUAGCUUCCUCCUCAAAAACACACUUGGAGGUGCAAGAAACCAAAUCUAAGCUGACUGAGACACGUGAGGUUGUUUCACAUGACAGAUACUCAGCUACGUCUGACAGAUACUCCUCAGCUGAAAGAUAUGCCUCCUCUAUCAAAUACGCUUCAACAGAAUACUUGUCAUCAUCUUAUUCAUCAGCAUCGUCUGAGAGGUUUUCUGAGAGAAAAGCAGCUGAGGCCAAAGCCAAGACUCUGAAGUCCACUGCUGCCGAUGAGGUGGCUGUUCGCAAAGUGAAGGCUACUCUGCCUGCAAGAAUACUCACUAAACCCCAGUCUGUUACAGUUGCAGAGGGAGAGUCUGCUAGGUUCACUUGUGACAUUGAUGGCGAACCAGCACCAAGUGUGACAUGGAUGCAUGAGGGUCAAACUAUUGUCUCCUCUUCCCGUCACCUAGUGACCACAACUCAAUACAAGUCCACCUUUGAGAUUUCCUCUGUUCAGUCUUCUGAUGAGGGCAACUACAUUCUGUUGGUCGAGAACUCUGAAGGAAGACAGGAAGCUCGAUUCACUGUUACCAUUCACAGGCCUGCUCCUAAAGAGGAGGUUACUGUGAAGUCCCCAGAGCCAUCCAUUAAAUCCCCUGAACCAUCAGUAAAAUCACCAGAACCUUCAGUAAAAUCACCUGAACCGUCAGUAAAAUCACCUGAACCGUCAGUGAAAUCACCUGAACCGUCAGUGAAAUCACCUGAACCGUCAGUGAAAUCUCCUGAACCGUCAGUGAAAUCACCUGAACCAUCAGUGAAAUCACCUGUACCAUCAGUGAAAUCUCCUGAACCGUCAGUGAAAUCACCUGUACCAUCAGUGAAAUCUCCUGUACCAUCAGUGAAAUCUCCUGAACCAAGGGUCAAAUCCCCAGAGCCAGAAGGAAUCAAAUCUCCAAGGAGUGUCAAGUCACCUGAACCCAUAACUUCACCCCCCCGAGUAAAAUCUCCUGAGCCAAUCACCUCUCCUCAAAGAAUGAAAUCUCCUGAGCCAAUCACCUCUCCUCAAAGAAUGAAAUCUCCUCUCACAGUUAAGUCGCCAGAGCCAAUCACCUCUCCAAAGAGGAUGAAGUCCCCUCCCCCAAUCAAGUCUCCUGAACCGAUCACCUCGCUUCAACGGAUGAAAUCUCCCCCCACUGUCAAGUCCCCAGAGCCAAUCACCUCACCUCCCAGGGUAAAGUCCCCUCCUACUGUCAAGUCCCCAGAGCCAAUUGCUUCACCUCCCAGGGUGAAAUCUCCACCACCUGUUAAGUCCCCAGAGCCAAUUACUUCACCUCCCAGAAUGAAAUCCCCUCCCACGGUCAAGUCCCCAGAACCAAUCACUUCUCCAAAAAGAGUGAGGUCUCCCCCAACUGUCAAAUCUCCAACUCCUUCAAAGGCACCCAAGAUCGUAAAAGAAGUCACUGCAGAGGCUUACGAGAACAAAGUGAAAAUAUAUUGUGUGGCUGAAAGCAGUGUGCUAGAAGUUGUCUGGUAUAUGAAUGGAAAGAAACUGACACAGAGCAGCCACUAUGAGUUCUGUAGUUCUGCCGAUGGAACCUGCUAUCUCUACAUCACUGACCUCUCAGAUAGUGACCAGGGUGAAUACACCUGUGAAGUCACCACUGAAGGAGGGGUCUCCAAGUCUUCCUUCUCUUUUGUUGGCCAAGUGUUUCAGUCCAUCCGCACCAAAGUAACAUCUUAUGUGGAGCAGCAAAUGGCCAUCAGAGGAUCAAUGAAAACACAAGAACUACAAAUGACAAGUCAAAGGGAGGCAACAGCGAUGGCCUCCCUUAUGAAAUCAGAACAGAUGAUGAAGAAAGAAAUCCACGGAGAGUCCAAAAUGGUUAUGAUGGAGCAAAGCAUGAUGGAACAUGAGAGCUUCUCCUCCCAGGCUGUCCAAAUGUCUUCCUCCAUGCAGGAGACCUCCUUCAGUAGCUCCAGCUUAGCUGAGGUCAAGUUUGAAACAAUGUCAAUGUCCAGUAUGUCCUCCUUAACCUCAGAGACAUACGCUAUGAGCUCCAGCAGCCUGACCGAGAUGUCCAGCCAUGUUGAGGGAUCCUCAAUGAGAGCCAUUAGCCACAGCAGUCAAGGUUCUGCACCAAGAAUUGAGGCUCUCCCAGAAGACAUCAGCAUUGAGGCAGGAAAGGUCCUGACUGUUGCCUGCGCCUUCUCUGGAGACCCAACACCUCACAUAGAGUGGUCCCGCUCAGGAAGAACCCUGCCAGGCGAGCAAGAGAGUGGCAGGUUCCAUAUUGAAACAAUGGAUGACCUCACCACACUUAUCAUCACCGGUGUAAGACAGGACGAUGCUGGGGCAUACACCCUUAAACUGUCAAAUGAGCUUGGAUCUGACACAGCAACAGUUAACAUUAGCAUUCGAUCAAUGUAAAAACAGCCAAUUUAAUUUCUAUCCUCCCCUUUCCCUCCUUCAAUGCCUUUUUAUUUAUUAAUUGAACAAAAUAAUCUUACUCGAUAAAGACCUGGAUUUCUGUUCUUGUAAAUAUGAACUAUUUUUAUACCAAACUUGACAUUCAUUUAUGCCAAACUAGACUAAAGUCUAAAGUUGUUAUAAAAUGUGCCAUAUUGGAUAAUUAUGACUUAGGAUUUUUGAUCCAUUUUUCUGUGACAUGUACAUAAUGUAUAUAGCCGAAUUUAACGGUUAUGGGAAAUGUAUGAAUUGUUAUUUAUGACAAUAUUAACUGAAACAAAUGAAACUGAUGUUUAAAAGGAGAAAGUUUCACAUGAAACGAAUACCCUGUUAAACCUGAAACUAAACUCUGUGCCUCAACAAUAAGUUGAAGUCUUAAGAUUGCCUCAACAGGUAGAGAGGCUCCCUGUUGAAGUUUACAAAAUCAGAGAGACAAUAUUAUACACUGUAUGUUUCUAUGUGCAGUGAUAUUACAGUACUCCUAUGAAUUGUAACAUGAUCAUAAGACCCUGAGUGCUGUUUGCAUAUUACCCUCAUGGAAGCAGCAUAAACUGGUCUUGUGAUCUGACUGACUAUGUCAUACCACCAUUUUAAUGACAUGCUCACAGUGCGAGCGGCCUGCACUCAGUGAGCUAAAAUGUUUUUUUUGUGCUCUAUUUCUGGCUAACGACUGUUUGAAUACACUUUCAGAAGUAACAUCACCUGGCCAUUCACAAAGAAAGUCCAUUCUGCGCUUGUUUGCAGAGGUAGAGCCAUCUCUUGGAGGACUGCAGUGUGUUUGUGUGAUAGCUUUAGAAUUUCACCGUCAGUUGCAUGGGCAAACAUCAAGCAAGCGUACCGCAGUGACACCAUCCACUGUGUUAAGUGAAGAAAAAUAAUUGUUUGCCCUGCACUUUGGUUUGAUUGAAAUUAGAAUUGUAGCUAUAUCUAUUUACGCAACCUCCUUGAGUUUUAUUCAUUAUUGAUUUAAUAAAGCAUGAUAUCAGCACCACAAAA